UUGUCAUUCCAAUGCAUUUAUUGGCAUUAAGUCCAAUAAUAUGGCAGGUAGUGAUGUAAGAAUUACUUUUUUAAAAAAAGAGGUAUUAAUGCUGUUUAUAUGUUAGACAACUUUAUGUCAAUUGGUGUAAGAUAGGGAAACUGUUCGCUAUAUAGGGCAAGGCCUGCUUUAUGGUCAGCCUCCUCUUGAUUGUUUUCCCUGCAGCAUAACUUCUUUUCCUGCCUCAGCAUAAAAGAUGAACUUGUUUUGCUUAUGUGAUGAAAGAGUAAACGCACAGGAUCGGGAAGCACGUCAUCUUGAGUAACUUCCCAUCUAAAGGGGUUUUGAGUUGCCUGGUGUCAAUUAUUAAGCUAUUGCAGCGAGACUAGUGCAAGGUACAGUCUUUUACACGGGAUCAUAAGGGCAUGCACGACGUGUAGCUAAAUAAUACACGUUGUCUCCUCAGCCUGCAGUCCCGGUGGUGCACGUUUAUUCACCCCAGCGAUCUCCCAGUUCUGGGUCGGCAUCUGAGGGCAUUAAAAACAACAUUUCCCGGCAUGCCGUUGUAUCCGGCUGCUUUCCAUCGGCGCGAGGGGAGCGGCGCGUUGCAUUCUGGAGCGUGUAGUCUGUGUCGGGAACGCCGCCUCAAGGUGAAGGUGACUGGAACCGGCCUGACUCGUGGUUGUCUGCGUCCGUUUCUUCUCAAUAAAGUUUUCCUUCAUAAGGAAACGGGUAGGCGGGGGGCCUCGGCAAGAUGGCGGCGCCCGUGUCGCCCUUGGUUACUGGGCGCUGCUUUCUAAGGGCUGCCGCUCGACACGCUGCUCUCCUGCUAACCGGGUGGGCUGAAGCCGGCGCCCCGCGGAAAGGUUAGUGCCGCUUAGAUCUGGGACGGCGCGGUCCUCGCCGCGGAGGGCUGAGCGCCCACUGCCCAGAGUUACGCCUGUCAAACGGCGGCUGCUCCUCUGCUUCACCGCCGGGUCGUGACUGGGCCAAAGCCCCAGGCGCCUCUGGCCAGGAGCCCCUUCGGUAACUAGGAGCGCUCCUUCUCCUCCCUCGACUUCCUCAGGAGCAAAUGUAUUGGAGAUGUUCUGCGGGCUUCCCUUUACCUCCAACUUUACACAAACCACACUACCUUAAAUAUGGGGCCUUUUGGAACAGUGGCUUUUAUUCUCUGUGGCAUUUAAGGAUACUCAGAUAAGAAGUGUUUUUGACUGUGAUGUUUCAGAAUAUUUGUCCACCAUGAAGGGAUUUUCUGUUGCCUUUUUCUUAAGUUUGAAGAAUUCAAAAUGUCAGUGCUUCCCUGCGACAUUGUACACACUGUUUUAUCAUUACUAUUAGUGGGUUUUUUUGUUUUUAAAAAAUGAGGUGCUGGUACUUUGUACUAGUGAGUACUGUCACAAAAAAACUCUGAUUAUUAUUAUACUAUAUUUUUAUGCUGCCAAGCCUUUGCAGCUGUUUAAAUGGAUGAACCAGUCAUUUUAAUUCUUUUUAAUGGUGUUUUAUGUUUUCUUGUUCACUGCCCUGAUAUUUUAUCUUAUGGUGGUUUAGAAAUAUUUCCAUAAAUGAUGUGCCUAAAAUCUACUAGAUGCUGCACACAAGCUUUCAGUCCAGAAUGUGUUUUAUUCAAGCAUAGUGAAUUUACUGUGUAAUGUAAACUUAAAACAUUUUAUGCAUCCAGUGAAAUGCACUGAAGUCCAUUAAAGCUUAUGUUGGCCUUCCUCAAUCUCCUGUUUUCCAACAGUUUUGGACUUCAUCUCCUUUUAGCCCUAGGCUAAUUGGCCCUAGGCUAAUUGUUAUAGAAUACUAUAUGUGAACUAAUAAAAAUUUCAGACUUGAGCAAUGAAACAAAAGGCAGAGCAAGAAGAAUGGAUAAUUACAGAUUUGACUUUUGUCUAUGCUGGCCAGUUCCAACAAGGACAGGGCUCCUACACUUUUUUAUAUUUGUGGUGAAGAGGAAAUUUCAGCAGGCUGUGUAAGUGCAUCUCAUUAUCCUACUUCCAUCCCAACACCAGAUAACAAAACAUCCUAUCAUAUCCUACACAUUCUGCAUAUAUAAAGUGGUACCUCGGGUUAAGAACUUAUUUCGUUUUGGAGGUCCAUUCUUAACCUGAAGCUGUUCUUAAUCUGAGGUACCACUUUAGCUAAUGGGGCCAUGUGAUUUCUGUUCUCAUCCUGAAGCAAAGUUCUUAACCCGAGGUACUAUUUCUGGGUUAGCGGAGGCUGUAACCUGAAGCGUCUGUAUAAGACAUACUCCAAAGAAAGUGUGUGUAGGACUGCAGCAUGAAGAGCCUAAUAGGCACAUCCUAGACUAAAAGGCACAGUAAAUAAAUAAAGAGUCUGAUAUGGUUAUGUGUAUAUUUGAACAGAUAAGAAUGUCUCUGAAUCUUCAAGCUUUUCCAUUGACAAUAAAAUAAUUCAUUAUUUACCUCCCCCACUUUUCUUUUUUACAGCUUACACAGUUCAGGCAGCUGAGAAAGCUGCCAGUGGCACUCGAGCAGAUGCUAAUUCCAAAGCCUUGUUAAUUUGCAAUGGACCUUUAGAACAUUAUGAGUUUCUGAUCAAAGCCGAGGAGCUGAGGAACGAUGAGCAACAACGAAAAGUUGUACAAUGCCUGCAGAAGCUACAUGAAAGCCUUAAAGGCUAUAGUAUCAGUCCAAAGCACAUCUUAUCAAAGGUGAGAUUCUGUCACUAGGCAUUACUGUAGAGUCUUUAAUGUUCAACUUAGGUUUUUUUCCUUACUUCUGAUUGCAACAAUUGUGUAGACGGUAACAUUUAAUAUUUAUUAUUUACACAUGAGAAACGGGCUAAGAAAAGACACCUAGGACCACCCUGUGAGGCAGAGCUGGGCCUUCGGGCCUCAUCUCACAGUUACAAAAAUAGUAAUGACUAUUGCACUACAUUCUUUGUCUAAAUGAGAAACUUGUUAAAAGUUGAUUUUUCCACAAAAUGAUUUUUAGCAAAUUUAGAAUACCAGUUUACAUACUUGUUGAAAAGGGUUCUGAUCCAAAAUCCUAUGGUGCACAUAUGGAGCCCAGGUAUGACAGUAUUUCCCCUUUGAUUUUGUUAGCUGCGGAGCUCUGCAAGUUCAAUGGAAAAAUGAAGCCUAAAACCAUCAUGGAAGGCCUUUCUUAUGUGGGAGCUCUAUGUGCUCUAUAUCUGAAUUCCUCUGAUCACUGAUAUUUUGCAAAACCUUACCUGUAUUCCCCUACUCAUUUUUUUCCAUGCUUUGUGAAUCCCAUUUUCUUUGUUGAUGGUGAACUAUCCCAUGUCCACUUGAUUGUGCAGGCUGCCACAAUGGCAACCUGCUUUGGUUUUAAUCAUGCAAAAGUGCAGUUGGUUGACUUUACCUAAUCUAUAAGUCCAGGCUGAUCGCCAAAGAAUUGAUGCUUUUGAAUUAUGGUGCUGGAGGAGACUAUUGAGAGUCCCAUGGACUGCAAGAAGAUCAAACGUAUCCAUUCUUAAGGAAAUCAGCCCUGAGUGCUCACUGGAAGGACAGAUCCGUGAAGCUGAGGCUCCAAUACUUUGGCCACCUCAUGAGAAGAGAAGACUCCCUGGAAAUGAAAAGACCCUGAUGUUGGGAAAGAUGGAGGGCACAAGGAGAAGGGGACGACAGAGGACGAGAUGGUUGGACAGUGUUCUCGAAGCUACAAACAUGAGUCUGACCAAACUGCGGGAGGCAAUGGAAGACAGGAGUGCCUGGCGUGCUCUGGUCCAUGGGGUCACGAAGAGUCGGACACGACUAAACGACUAAACAACAACAAAGUACUAGUGGCAAGAGCUGAUGGAGAGGGCAGAUCAACAGUAUGUUUCUUGAGUUGAAACCAGUAUUGUAAUUAUGAUCAGAUCUGUAGGGGUAGCCACCAUGGUACCUUCCAGAUGUUGUUGGACUACAGCUCCCAUCAGUCUUUGCCAUCAUGACCGGUGAUCCGGGAAGAUGGAGUUGGAGCCCAUCACCAUGUUAGCCACCUCUGGUCCAAUAUGUCACUUAAUAACUGAUGAAGUUGUUCUGACUUGGUUAUGGAAUAGUUGUGAAAUCCCUACCUAUUCAUAUUGAAGGGGGAGGCCCUACCCAUGUACAUGCCUUGUAAAGUUUUGUUCACAGUUAAACACAUAUUGUUUAAAUGCCCACAAUUCUCAAGUGUGUGGCAGGGCUUUCUCUAUUCCAAACUUAAUCUCAGUUCUCAGAAACAAUGUUUGGCCUACAAGCUUUAUUCAGGUUUCUGAGCUCUGUUUCUCCUGCAAUAAAGUAAGAUUAGCACGAGGGGCAAUAUAAUAUAGCUGCCACUGUUCCAUGAACUUCAGUACAUCUGCCUACGUGCUUCCAAAAUCAUGAUGAAAGUCAUUUCCUCCACUUCCCAGUGAACAGAUUCACCAUUAGAAUUGCUCAUUAUUGCUGUCGGAAGGCAAUAACUUGGUCCCACAAAGAACUUUUUGCCAGAACACAAUUGUCAGAGUUGUAAACAGAAAUGAAUGAUAAAAUUUGAUUAUUUUAUUGCACUAUACUUGAUCCCAUCAUCAUCAUAUAUUAUUUAUACCCCACCCAUUUGGCUGGGUUUCCCCAGCCACUCUGGGCGGCUUCCAACAAAAUGUUAAAAUAUAGUAGUCCAUCAAACAUUAAAAACUUCCUUAAACAUAGCCUUUGAUAGUUCUGCCUAAAUCUUUGGAUCAUUGCUGCUAGACUUUCAGCACUAGGCUACAGAGAGGAAAAUGUCAGUAGUCCCUUGUAUUGUCAUGUAUUGGGAAUUAACUAAGAAGACCCUUGGAAGGGUGAAUGUGAAAAGGGUAGGAAAUAUGUAGGGAUACUGGACAAAGUGGAUGAGAUGAGUUGGGUAGAACAUAGUGGUAGGCAGUUGAGUCUAAGGUUGUAAUGAGCAACCUUGCACUCCUAGACCAAUGGUCCAUAUAGACCACCACCAACAGUGGUGUUUAAAAAGUGUCACCCUGGUUGCCCAUAUGCUACCAGGCCAACUUGAAUGUUCUUGUAUUAAUUUACUAGGCCCUUAACAACUUGGUUCCAGGCUGCCGCAAGGACCACCUAAUCACUCAUAUCCCUGCUUAAUCACGGAGGACUUGAGGGAAGUCCCUGUCAGCCGUCCCCGUGGCUCAGAUGCACGGCUCAUAUCUACCAGAAGCCAUGUAUUCAGUAUUGUGGACCCAAUUUUGUGGAACUCUCUUUCAGUUGAGGUCAGGACAGGCCACCUCCCAGUUGAGCUUCUGGCACCUACUCAAUACUCUUUUAUUCUAGCAGACAUUUUAUUUCAGCAGUCUGAUUUUAUACCUUUUCUGUGUUGUGUUUCUUGUCCACCCUAUAGAGACCAUUGUAGUUAAGCAAUAUAUGUAGUUAAGCAAUAUAGAACUUUUAAAAAGAAAAAGUAACUAGCUAAAGCAACAGUCUAACACUAUUACUUUGUAUUUACUUCUUUAUUUUUUUAAGAAAAACUGUUGUAAUGCAUCUUGCAUUACAUUCUCCCCUCAAAAAAACCCUUAUGUUAGCAAUUGGCCAUUAGAUGAAACAUCCCCUCCACAGUUACAUACAACCUUUCCCCACAGCUUCAGUCAUGAGCGAUGCUAUGAGGAUUACCUCUUAAUACUGAACUGAUAUUUUCAGCACAUGUUGUUCUGUUACCCAAAGAUUUCUGCUUAGCACAAGUAUUGACUCCCCUCUCAGCAUGCAUGCAAUUAAGAUUUUCUUUCUCCUCCAUCCACUCUCUGCAGUGUGUAUCACUGUUGUUCAGUCUUCUGGCUUGGAGACUUUUUUAGAGUACUUUUUUUGUUGGCGCUGCUUACAAGUUUGCCAUCUUGAAUAACUUUGUGUCACCUAUAAACUAGUCCACCUCACUGCUCAACUUUAAUUCCAGAUUGCUUAUAAAUACUCUUCUUGAAAAAAAAAAAAUAGGAACUGUUGGAUUUGGAGUGUUAACAAUGUAAAAUGUAAUCUCCACAAUUUUCUACUCUGUUCUUAACUAUUCUAAUGCAGAUCACCAUUUCUGUUUCCUUAUUUCUUUGUUCUUUCCUUGUUCAGUGUUUGAAUAUUAAGUAAUUUUGAAUAAUUAAGUAUAUUGAAUAAUAGUAAGCAAGCAUUUUGAAAACAAGUCCUUAAAAAACAGACAGGCUAGAAAAACAACCCUAAUUUUGUCUUCUUGUAUUUUCGCAGCACAAUUUACUACAGUAGUUGCAGCUAACUAUUACUGAAACAGUUUCAGAACAUCUGAAACCUUGUUGCAAAUGUCCACCGAAUUAACAUUUUGGGGCACAGUUUAAUUUGGCUCUAAAUUAAAUCUUCAAGUGGUUUAGUUGUAAUAGUUAGCUUGUGUGGCUUGCUGAAUAUACUGAUUUUUAAAAGGCAAAGAAACUUGACAAACUGAUGAGGAAAAUACUUAUCUGUAAUGCAGUUUUUAUUUGAAACACAGUCUAGAAAUUGCUCAGCUCCAUGUGAGAUCAAAAAAUUUGAACUUUAAUUUGUUUCAGCUCUAGUGUUACAUUAAAAACAUUGUAAAAGCAAUAACUAAAUUAGUACAUUUGUGAAAUAUGAUGGUGAAUAUCUAUGCAAUCACAUAAACUGAUGAGACCUGUCUCACUACCAGUUUUUUCUGCUUAGAAUAACAUGCAUAUGUAAAAAUAAUUCUCUCCAGUUGCUUAGCAAAUGAUGUAGUGGGUUGAAAAUCUAAAGACAAAUAUUUCAGAAUGCUUGAUUGUUUUUAUAUAAGUGAUAGAGAUCCAAAGAGCUACUUGAGGUGAGAUCAAAGGCUUUUACUAAUGGUUCUAUACUUGUUUUCUUUGUACAGCAAACUCCCCAGUUUCGAAAGUUGUUUUCCAUGCAAAUUCUGUUCAAGAAAUGUUAUUUUAAAGCCUCACUGGGCACAAUAAACCAGUUAGAUAACUCUUUGGAUGCUAGCUUAUUUAUCUUUAAUUUUUGAAUAGAUCUGCCUGACUGACCACUAUUAGUACUUCUAAGAAUACCAGGGUAUAUAAUGUUACAUUAGAUAGACUAUAUACGUAUAGUUGAUGCAUUUAAAACAUCCUGCCAUCCUGUUCCAAAAUUUGGUUGCUUCUUCCAAAGCCAUAAAAAUGGGAAUUGCAUAUAAUGCUGGCCAGAAAUAUCACCAUUACUGAAUCUCUCCAUCUUAGGAAAUAUAGAUGGAACCUUGAUCAAUUUAGUGGUUGCUAUAUCCCUCACCUUAUUUCAUACAUAUACAUCCAUUUGGCACAUAUGGGGUCAGAUGAAGAAGUGCAAUUCACAUGCAGAUGCCUGCUUCUAUGCACUGAUAUCUCCUAUGUGAUCAAAACCCUGUAUCCAUUAUUGUUUUUUAAAAAACAGAUAACCCAUGUAAUUCUCAUGGUUGCAAAUAGCCACACUGAUGUAAUUGUGUAUCUGAUUUCUACACACACACACACACACACACACACGUUAGCGGAAAAAAUAGACAAGUAUAAAUUUACAUUUAAAACAUCUGCAUUUUUCUAAUAGCAUUUUUUUUUACAGGCUAACAGGCUAUGGACAUUUGCCAUAGUUUUAUUUUGUGGAGUUUUGUUGUUGUGUGUGUUGAAGUGGUUCUUGUUGCUGCAGAUAUAUACUAGUUUGCAAUUUUUAUUUCUAAAUGCUUUGAAAUGUGGUUAUUGGUAUGUGUUUAAUAAAAUACUAGCCGCAGGGACUAAAGCUAAAGUGCAGUUUGAUCGCUAUGAGUCAACUAGCCAAUAAAAUAUUUUGAUAAUCAGAAACAUCUGCAACAUUUUGAGUUGCAGACACAAUAGUGCUAGACACUGGUGACCAUUUAUGAGGUUUCUGUUUUGAGAGGAAUUUUUAGAUCACCAUCCUCACCGCUAUUACUUCAGAAAGGCUAAUUGUAUGACAAUUGUACUCCCAGGUACAGAUCUAAGCAACCAUAAGAAAAUACCAGCGUCAUAAAACUAAAAAUAAAUUCAGAUUAGUUGAAGUCCUUUUUCUGAAGACUUGUCUUGGACAGAAAAUUAGUAUACAUUUAACAUUUCCCAAGUAACAUUGACACAAACUGUAAGACAAAGCUGUAAAGAUCUGGGUACAGGAAGUCCUCAGAAAUGCAAGUUGGGUGAGUUAGGAAGUAAGGUUCACAUGUUUAUUGAAAUAACUGUUUUAAUUUAAAGGGUUAAUUCCUUUCCUAGUUGAACAUAAUGGGAACUUUAACAUUUUAAAAACAAACAAGCCCAAACAUUAUUUUCCGGGAUAUUAUUAGGUGUAUAUGUUAUCAUCCAACCUUAUAUAUCCUUUCCCCUAAAAUCCUUGCAGCAUGCCUGAGAAGAGGUAUAUUGGGCUUACUGGAUGAUGAUUCCCAAAGUCAUCUAUUUAAUCUGGACUCUGCCCAAACCCAACAGUCAAUUCAUUGCAUUGUUCUUGCUCUUAAUUGAUAGGACACCAUCUGCUAUCAAAGUUUGUUUUUUCAUAUAUUUUCAUUGUAAGUCAAAACUAAGCCAGACUCAACUUAUUGCAAAUGACAGAGUACCUGAUAAAUAUGUGUUGUACAUUGUGUCUGUUUCAUUAUUUAACUUUUAUCAGAGCAAAAUAAAGUAUAAUGAAUAAUUUUCUUUAUUUUCAGUUGUUUACAAGACAUAAACCCCCAAAAGGCCUUUAUGUCUAUGGAGAUGUUGGUAAGUUUAUCAGAAGUAUAUCCGAAUGUUUUCCCGUAUAAUAUUUGCAUAUGUUUUCAAAUAAUACCUAGUCAUUGGAAAAUGUUAAUUCUGUUGAUGGUAAUGGGACUAAAUAGAUCAAAGUAUUUUUGCCUUGAGCUGCUAAAAUGUGUAUUUCUUUAUCCUUAAGUGCAAGACAGAUAUAUCUAUUGGCAAACAUCGAAGAAGAAACAGUUAAACCCAUAUUAAUUUGGUUCCUUUUGCAGUGCAUUAAAUUUAAGGUUUAGCUAUUGGUUCAAACAACUUCCAGAUUCACUUGCAGUGUACCUCUGAAGGCUUGGUACUGGGUUGCAUACAGUGUAGUCAGCCAGCUGACCUGAUGCCCUGCUUAUGUGGGCUUCCCAGAAGCAUCUGUCUGGCCAUGAUUGGAAACAGGAUGCUUGGUAGAUGGACCCUUGGUCUGAUUAAACAAGGCUGCAUUUGUAGUUGAUACAUAAAAAUUGAAAAUAAGAAGAGAGGCAUCACAUUUAUUCAUAAUAUGUGCUGCUGAAAAUAUUUCAAAUGGAAGCAAUAAUUACAGUUGCUGGUUCUGAUAUUAUAUUUAGUUCAGAUUCUGAUAAUACAAGCAAUUCCAUCCACAUAAGCUGAAGUCUUGUUUCCCAAAGAUAAUGAUUUUGUACUGUUCAGAUCACGAUUAUGAUUUCAUUAGCUCGAUGCUAAUGAACAGUCAUUACUGUAAUCAGUACAUAGUGUUUUAAAUUAACAACCUGUUGGGUAUGUGUGUUUUUAUUUGAAGGCACAGGAAAGACAAUGGUGAUGGACAUAUUUUAUUCUCAUAUAGAAGUAGAAAGAAAAAAGAGAGUCCAUUUUCAUGGCUUCAUGUUAGAUGUGCACAAAAGUAAGUUUAAAUCUCUUUGAUGCAGUACAGUAUGGUAUGGAUAUGUCCCAUGUUCAUAACACUGUCUGCCUCGUAAUGUCUUGUCAUCCUCCUCCUGAAUCCUUUUGCUGUGACAGAAGGGAGAGCUAUUAUCUGAAAAUAGAGAAGGGAUUUUUAUAGGUUGUUUCUGGGGGACCUCUGAUCUUUCACUUUGAAUAAAGUUAUCCCAAAAUACUCCUUUUCCUUAGAGAUUGCUGUGGGAAAAUUACUGCAAGACUUGCGUAUGUAGACUUCACUUUUUCUGUGACAUCAGCAGGCAGUAGACCAGUUGUGUUACAUCAUAUUUAUUUGCAUGAUUACAGACUUCUGGUUUUAACUAAAAAGCAGAUCCUGUCUUCUGCAUUCCUGUUACAUUCAUAUUCAGUGAUAGAAAUAUACAUGAAAAUGAGUAAAAACUGUUUUAGUAAAAAAGGGGGGGAGGAGGAAGAGUGAGAAACAGAUACAUAGUUUCUGUUUCUCACUCAAGUAAACAUUAUGGAUUUGAGAUGUUUGGACAUCAAAUUAGGAAUAUAGGAAAAGGCCAUAAAAUUAGAGUGAGUGAUUUCCUUCUGCAACCAACCACGGACAUCUUCCUAUUCAUAUAUAAGGUAGACUAAAAUACCUCGUUGCUGAUUACACAUUGCUGUGAUGUCCUACAUUCUACAGAUAUUAUUAUUCCAGUGCUCGUUGUCCCACAGAAAUGUUAAAAGUAUCAAUAGAUAGAUAAAUCAUUCUGUCCCUAGGUCUGUGCUUGAGGAGGUGUUCCCACAACCAUAAUAAGAUGAUAGUUCAUCUCUCUAGUAAUUUGUUGUCUGCAAGUUUAGUAAUGCUUUGUGUAAUAGGUGGCAUGUUAAGUGGGAUAAGAAGUUUGAUUUCUCCACAGUGCACCUUCUUCAGGACCUGUAGUUGAAGUAUUUAGUUAUUUUGAGUCAAAACAUGAAAUAUGGGUUCAUUGUACGUUGGCACGCAGACCUCUUCUACCUCCCAUCCUACUAAUGUUUAGUCCUUAAUGUUCCCGGACUUUAUGUGAGGUUUCUUCACAGUUUCUUUAUAUCCUUUCCCGCUUCUCUGUUUACUUACACUUUCUCUAUUCACUUAUCUAUUCACACUAAGCCGUGGUUUGCCUUAAUAUUACAUGUGAGCCAACUCACUAUAGUUGCACAGACUUUCAUAUUUCUGUGACUGACUCAGCUAACUGAAACCAUUUCCUGAGAUGUAGUUUUCAACAAUCAAGGCUACAUUCCUGCCUCCAAGCCCACACCAUUUUGUAAACCUAUGAAGCUUUAUUUUAUUACUGUUUUCCAGUACUUUGUGGUUACCUCACUCCCCUCAGUGGUAUAACUUCCACACAGAAGUGCUCUUUUUCUUUUUGUGAUUUGGUAAUUCAAAUUCUCAUCCAGGGUCUAGAAAAAAGCAAUACUGAAUAAAAAUAAAACAAACCUCCAAAAAGUUGACUAGACAACUUUUAAAAUGUAUUUUUAAAUUCACUUUUGACUUAAUUGUCAUAUCGCUGGUUUUACUAAUGGAUAAGCAUGAUGCUAUAUUUAGGCUUACUUAGACCAUCUCUUAUUAGUUUUUGCUUAUUGUCUGUGCACUGUCUUCUCUUCAGGAAUACAUCGCCUUAAACAGAACCUGCCAAAACGGAAACCUGGAUUAAUGGCUAAAUCAUAUGACCCAAUAGCCCCAGUAGCUGCUGAAAUAAGUGAGGAGGCUUGUCUCUUAUGCUUUGAUGAAUUUCAGGUAAUAAUACAUUAGACCAGAAGUACAUUAAUUUCCUUUCUGGGAAAUAAGUUUAAACUGGCAAAACAUUUUUCAGCUUAGCCAUUUGAAGACUUUGCUGAUAUGAACUAGCCUAAUUGCAUGGUAUCCUGGUUGUUCCACUAAGAUAUUUUGCUGGCUUUAUAUAUCAUGUGCUAUUGGAAGCGUACUGUAGAACAUUUCCCCCUUCCAACUUCUACCAGAACCUGUAGCUGUGGGCUGCCCUGUUCUAGAUCUAAAAUUGUACUAUAGAUGUUCACAUGGCCUAAAGCCACAGCUUCAAGUAGAUGUAUAGGUGAUAGACUCGUCCUCUUUGUCCAUUAUGUGCAUGCAGAAGGCAAGUUGCAGUGAAUUCACUUUUUCUUUAGCAUGUGGAGAACUAGCUUUUAUUUUUUUACCACAGCUGAUUCACCUUCUAACUGCUCCCAUCAAAUAUGAUAUAUCUGUAUUAUACUGUUUAUCAGCGCCUUUAACUGUAACACAGUGGCUGUGAUACUUUAGCCAGCCACACUUUUAUAAGUAAAAGUUACAAGAUAUUAUUUAUUUAUUAUAAACUAUAAGUGUAAAAUAAGGUAAACACUGUAAGUCAGUUGUUAACUGUUUCCUUAAGACUUGUAUUUGCUUUAAUAAGGUUACAGUAUCUUUAAUUGACAUUUACAAAGGUUUACCUAAGGCUGGCUGGUAAAGUGUAAUUCCUAACCUUAUUUCCUUUGAAAUACCAGUACCUGGUAGUGACUGGGGAAGAGGGACUAAGGUGGUUGCAUACAGUAGUGGCAAGUGCAUUUUGUAGAGCCUUUGUUAAACCUUCCCACACACCAAUUCUUCCUUAAAAAUGCACCCCAGCACCUGUGACAGACAGUACACCAGCCUAGGUUCAAUUCUGUUGGCUCUGCCAGAUUAUGUGCUUUAUGUCAUACACUUGUUUAAAUGUAAAUAUGUGUUUAAUUAAAAAAAAAUACCGUAUUUAACUGUUGCAGAGCUCUGACCCAGACCUCCCAUUGUCUGGUGCAGAAAACUGUGUCCUGCUUGCUGUCUUCUCCACCAGGGAGCACUCAAUGGAUUCUGCUGUCCUGGACAGUUACUGGGAUAGCUUCUUGACUUAGCUAGGAGCUAAAUGGCAUCUUAAACCUAGGUAAUGGGCACAACAACAGAAUGUCUAGGCAUGCUUUUCUUUACAAGAAGACUACAAAGCUGAAAAUAAAUGAACUGCAGCUAAAAUAUUAUGUUAAUUUUUCACAUGGUCUAGUCCUUCCCUUCCCACCCUCCUAAUAUUCUUAAGAGGGUCUCUUCUGCAGUCUUAGGAGAGUAGCUGGAAGUGGGGAGGCAGUAAAAGGUCCUCCUUUCCUCCACUCUGCAGUUUUAAUCUGAAAUCUUAGGUGCAGUACUGUGCCCAGAGCUCAGAAACUGCUCACGCUAAUGAAAUUUCCUGUUGCGAAAUGUGCAUGGAACAAUGGGAGUUUCUAACGCUGCUUAAAUAUCCACAGUCUGGUCCCCCUUCAGGUCCUGCGUGGGUUGGAACCACAUAAUCUACCCUUUAGGUUGGGGCAUCUACCCUUGCAGGCCUGAGUGGCUUUCCUCCCCUACAGCUCUUCUUCCUUCCUGACUCAUUUUUAUAUGGGCUACUUUGGCUUAUGGAAUUUCAGCAAUACAGUGGUACCUCUGGUUAUGUACUUAAUUCGUUCCAGAGGUCCGUUCUUAACCUGAAACUGUUCUUAACCUGAAGCACCACUUUAGCUAAUGGGGCCUCCUGCUGCCGCUGCGCUGCCGGAGCACGAUUUCUGUUCUCAUCCUGAAGCAAAGUUCUUAACCUGAAUCACUAUUUCUGGGUUAGCAGAGUCUGUAACCUGAAGCAUAUGUAACCUGAAGCGUAUGUAACCCGAGCUACCACUGUACCUUGUUUCCAUUCUCAGCCAGUCAUUCUCCCCUCCCAGCCCCUUACCUUCUGCCUACUUGCUUCUCUGCAGUUGAAACCAUAAGCCAGCCAAGGUGCAAAUCCCUCCCUCCCUCUUCCAGCUAUCUGGGUGACAUGCCACUAACCAAAGAGAGGAAGAGGAGAAAUCCAUUCACAUUCCUCUGAUGUCCAUAAGGGGUGGCAGGUGACCUUGAGCCCCCAUCCUCCAAUUCUUACUCUCUCCCUGUUCAGAGCCAGCUUGGGGAAAGCCUCCCAUUCUGCUUUGUCCCCAGAGCCAUCUGCCUCCAGCUGCCACUAGGCACAGCUAUGCCCGGUUCAUCUUUGACUUGCAUCUAAAGCUGCUUCUCCACAAGUUGCUACAGCAGGAGCUUUGGCUGCCUCAGUCACCGUCUAACCCUGCCACCCACAAGAAGCAGGGGGGGGGCAAAGGAGUUUGAAAGCAGGGGUGGGUGAUCCAGCCAUCCUUCCUCUGCACCCAGCAGACAGAUACAGAGGGCCUUGAGUGCACCAGCCAGUAUGGCAUUUGCCAGAUGGACAGUCAGGGCCUGCAUAGCCCUUUUGCAUUAUGAAGCCCACACAGGGUUGAGAAUCCUGUUUUUGACCUUGUAAAGUUUCAUCUUGCGCUACCUUGGGAAUGAGCUGAAAUCUGCACUGAUCAGUGUACUGAUCCUCUGGAUGCCCUAAAUAGCAUAGUCAGUGUGGAUGCUGUUUCUGGCCAGCACAAUCACUUAAUAAUGUAGAUUACUCUCUUUGUCACAGGACAAAACAAAGAAAUGAAGCUGUGGAUGCAAUUCUGAACUGAGCUGCUUUCUCCACUCCUGCAUUCAAUAGGGCAUUUUAUUCCACUGCAAUAGUCAGUUGCUUCAUUCAUCAGAGUUUUGUCCUACAAACAGUGCCUUCAGAGACUUCUUCAUGCUAUAAUACUUGAAACAAGAUUAUCCGGAGUUUCCUUUAGACAAAAGUACAUCUACAAAGUUGUAAUCCAAAUUUAUUCCAGUUUUAUAGUUCAAGAAGCCCAGAAUCAGAGCUGUCCACAUUGUUGUGUGGAAUCUUGCCACUUCCCUUUUGCAAUAUCCCAGUAUUUUUUCUCUUUGGCAUGUGAAAAUUCACAGCUGGGUUAAUAGUAAUCAAGGUGGCACAAGGCAAUCAAGUGUGUUUGUUUCCUGACAGGUGAUAAAUCUGUUGAGGAGUUCAUCAUUAAAAUACUUGUAGUCCCAUUGUGUCCCUGUUAUAUCCAGCAACUGAGCUGCAGACCAUUUGUAAAUGACCAGUGGAGAAUAGGGAAUAUGAUAAAUGGCAUGAAUCAGCCAAAGACAAAUUAUACCAGUCUAGCCUAAUUUCCUCCUUUGAUAGGAAACUGGCAUAGCAGACUAUGGAGAUGUAGUGUAUAUAAUAUACCUUGACUUUAAGGCCUUGGAUACUGUUAAAUGGGUGAGUGAGGUAAGUGUUGGCUCCAGAGCCAUUAGCUGAAUGAUCAUAGAGUAUGUGUACUCUAUGUAUGUGGCUGCCAUCAAGAUGAAGUACAGUGAGAUACAAUUUUAAUGGGUUAGAUAGUUGGGCACUAGACAUGUGGAUGAUGAUGGUAGCUUUGAAUUUCAUAUGCUACAACAAUAGCUUUCUCCACUGGAAAAAGGGAGCAUGGAAAGAAUACCCUUGUGAAGGUAAUUUUAGAAGCAAGAUAUUAUCCACUGUGUACUUCUGAAGAAGAAAAAAUGAAAUGGCAACCAAGAUACAUUAUCUGAUAAGAUACCACUUCCCUCUCAAAAGAGCUCUGUGGUCACGAUGAUUUCCAUUUGCCAAUUGAUACUUGAAAUAUGAGAAAAUGAUUUCACCAGAGUUACCCAGCGUCAGGGAGUUGAAUCUCAGCAUGGGCUGUUGGACCCAAAUGUCUUCUAGCAUUCACUUUCUCUGCUGCUAAAGCUGUUUGAAGAAAAGCACCUAUAAAGUUGCUUUCUAUAGGUAACUGAUAGAAAGGAUUUGAAAAAAAACGUUAGAAGCUAAUGCUUCUAUAAAAUGUUUCUAAUAUUGUUGUGCCCUGGGCAAUAACUUUAGAUUGAGAUAUUCCUUUUUCUUUAAUUCCUCCAAGUGACAGCCUUGACACUGAAAUAAUGACAGCUGGGUACUGCAUCUCCACUUGUUCAAUGGGACAACAUCACAUCAAUAGCAACCCUCAUGUCGUACUGGUUUGGGAGGCACUGAUUUUGCUCUCCAGCAGCCACAGUUGUUAUAUGUACGGAUAUCAGGCCAGGGACACAUGCUUGGGUUGGAGACUAAACUGGGCUUAUAGAGUGAAGCAGUAGUGCAAACAGAGGAUGGUUAGAAUGGAUGGAUGUGAGGUAUAUCACCUGAGGCAAGCCACAAAAUGGCACUCCCCUGCAAGGAAGGCGGGGUGAGUGAAGAUCUACAUCAGGAACAAGGGUGGUAGGAGACCAUCAGCGCCUCCUAUUUGCCAAGGGGCCACAGCUGAAGUGGCAUGGAGGCGAAUGCCAAGGAUAAGGCAGAUCCAACCUUCUAGGAGCUCACCACAGUCGUUGCUGCUGCUGCAUUGGCAGGAGUAGGCGAUGCAUUCCUUGGAGGCCGGAUCUGCUGUCCCUGUGGAUCCUGCUACCUGAGGUGGCCACUCACUUUGCCUCAUGGUUGGGCUAGCCCUGUGCCUGGGUUUGUGUCAGAUGUGUAGUCCUGAGGCGUGUACUAUUUUUCAAUGACUGCCACCAUAACAGUCACUGCAUAAGGUGCUGUGAUUUCUAGCUGGUUCUGGUCUUUCACCUCAGGCGAGCUUCUGUGGCAUUCAUUUCAGAAUGGACUUACUGCUUACCAGUGGUGGAGCUUCAUGCUCUGGCACCGGGCGGGCAGAGAGCAAGUGGGGGCAGGGCUGGUGCACGUCCCAGGGUCGGGGUGCACCGCCCGCAGGGGCAUGGCGCAUCCUGGGGGUGUGGCGUGGUGUGCCGCCAGCAGAGGCGUUGUGGCCGUCACGGGCAGAGGAGGCAGCCGCGAUGACACCCUAUUGGGAUCACACUGCCAGGGGCGGUGCGCUUCCCCCACACUCCUCUUCCUCCGCCAGUGCUGCUCACUAGUAACUGGGUGACCAUUUUUAGGACUGUGGCUGAUACCCAACAAAGUCUUCCUGAAGAUUCUUAAGUCCGUGGCUUUCAGUGGGUCUACUUCAAGUACGACAUUGUUGAAUUCUCAUCCAGUGUGUUCUUUUCAACUGUGUGUUUCUUGGGCAUGUACUAAGACACAUGGCUUUCUGGCUUGUAUUGCAUUCCUGGCCUGUGUGUUCAUACCCUUUUCUACUACUUGUUGUGACUUGAUGGGCUUGUGUUCUCUGCUUUGAAGGAGUGGGAUGCUGUUCAAUUGAUUGGUCAAAUGUAAUCAGAAGCAUUAAAAAGUGCUUGAUUAAUUGAUUGGUCAACUUUUCAAGAUGUCAUAUUUGUAGACAUGAAACAAAAAGAGUGUCAAGGUAAUUACAGUAACCUCCUCAUAUGAAACAAUAUGUCUAAAUUCUAAAUUAUUGUAUUCAGUUAUUAUUUAUAAAAUUUGAUACUGUUUGUAAAUAUGUAACUGUCAGGGAACUGCCAUCGGAGCUGGAAGCGGAGGGAAGGCUCCAAAGGGAUGGCGGAGAGGGUCCCAGUAGGGAGAGAGGGAGCCCGUCUGCUGGGGAAGGAAAUCAGCGUAACACCAGUAGAGAAGGGGGGCAGAUGGGGGAAUCGGAGAGGGGGCUCCAAGACUCCUCGCCGGAGACCAGUGGAGAGAGUACGGGUACUCCAUUGCCCACACCCUCCCUGCGCAGAAGACUUCCGCGCAGGGAGAGUAGGAGGAGACUUGGCGUCAAGGAACUUUUGUGCUGGAAGAAGUUUAAGAAACGCCCACUGACGGAUCCUGCCAGCGACUGAGACAGUCACGAUGCUGGAGGCUGUUCAGUCAGAAAGGGUUAACCAGGUAACCUAGCCAGGAGUGGCGGCAACUUACGUACGAGCAACCCCUAAACCCAUUACAGUAACUAUUUGAUCUAACCCCGGGUCUUGAAAUACAUUCUGCUGUACAGUGGACCCUCCGGAUACAAAUUUAAUCCCUUUCCGGGGGUCCGUGCAAACCCCGAAAAUUUUGUAAGAAGAGGUGCCGCUUCUGCGCAUGGCGCAAUAGAGCCCUUCUGCACAUGUGCGCGUGGUGAAACCCAGAAGUAUAUACUUCUAGGUUUGCCGCGUUCGCAAACCGAAAAUUAUGUUACCCGAAGGUAAUGGAACCCGAGGGUCCACUGCAUUUACUACAUCAACAGUAUUCAAGAGAUGGAAGAGCCACGUUGGCUUUCACUUCAAAUCACAGGAUUGAUUAAAGCAGUUACAGAUUUUGUUCCAAUUGAAAUUAAGCACACACAGUAACUAUAAAAUACAGAAGUUAGUUGCUGUUAUUGCUAUAGUAUGUAGGUUGAUUGUCAUUGCCCAGAUUCUGUUGCAUUAGUGCACAUUGGGAUGUGCUGCUAAAAUAAAUACUAUUUCUCAUCCUGCAUCCAGUGAAUGCUCUUUUUAUAUUGCAUCUGUCUUCUCCCUUAGUCUUAUGUCAUCCUCAUAAAUCCCAACCAGAAAUGAAAAGGCUCCUCAGAAACAGAGUAGUCUGAAGUCAUUAAUGGUAAGGGUGCGGGGGGAUAGAAUGCUAACUGUAUGGAAGACAAAAAAAUUGAGAAGCACUCUGUGAUGUUAUCAAUAUCUCAUGUGUUUGGUAAAAAUGAAUAUGCUUUAUGCAAUGCUUAUAGUCCGGAAAAGCUGUUGAAAACAUGUAAUAAAAAAACUUAAGCUCUUAUUUUUGAGCUAACACUAAUUACUGCUUAUACAUGCUUAUGUUCUUCAUUCAUUAUAAGAAACUGUACCAAUCAGAGGAUAACUGAGCUUCAAGCACUUACACACAUACAUUAUGAUUUUUUUUUCAACUUAAGAGAAAAGAAAGCAACUCUAGGUCAUAAAAAUCUUUUCUCUUAAAUGCUAAUGAAAUUUCUCCAUUCUCUCCAUUAGCAGAUCCCUCUUAUUGGUAAUUUGUAUCCUUUUCUUUUGUUCCCAUUUAUAAUGAAUGCUGGGCACAGAAAGAACCUGGGCUUUGAGAAUGCUUUCACUUUUGUCUUCUCUUCCAAAGCUACACAGGAUCAAAAGGACAUAAAUUGGCACCCAAGUACACAGAAUGACUCUUGCUUUUUUAAUUAUGUAGCUUUUAAAAAAAUUAAUGUAUUUUGGUAGGCAAAUAGAUUCAAAUUCUGAAACAUCAAAACACCAACUGAGAAGGCCUCUUUGCAUUUCCUCUGGUCAUAAAUAUUUUGCGGCUUAAUGUGCCAGAGUGUUAUGCCUUGUCAAAGUCUCCCUGUUGUAAACCUAGAUUGUCCUGUUGCAUGACGCCUUCCACUUCAAUUUCCAAACUAGAAGAAAGGUGUGUAUUUCUUCCUCUUUUCCUUUGUGUUGCCUUCUGCAUAUUUCAAUGGUCCAUGAAGCUGGUUUUUGUUGUUGUUGUUUAAAAACCUGUUUAGUUCUCUUUUUCUUUCUUUAUUCCUAGCCCCAAAGAUCCUAAUUUCUCACAUGGUUAUAUGUCAGGAUUGAUUGUUUGCAUGUGCAGCCACCCCAUUCACAGUAUUGCAGCAUCCAGGGCCCCCCCCCACCGCCCAGUCCUGCAGCCGUGAGUCAAUUGGUUCAGACAGAGCCUCUUCCAAAACUAGCUCUUAAUGUGUCACAAGUGCCUUUUAAAGAAGCAUAGAAGGGUACUAUGGGCAAAGGCAGCUGAGCUGUUUGCUCUGAUUUCAGAUGUAUUACAGCUACUUUGUUCAAAAACUCAGCUCUGCCUUAUACCAUUUUCAGCUGGCCUUUCUCAUACCUGCUUCUACAUUUGUUCCCUUUCUCUGUGAUAAGUUUAUGUGUUUAAUUUAAAUUCAGCAUAUAAUAAAGUUAGUCUUUUGAGCCCAACUGUAAUAAUUUGAUGAACAAUAAGCAAGAAAGUGAAAACGUUCAGACAAAAGUUUCUUUUCAUUAUUAAUUGCUGCCCUCAUUUUUAUUGAGACAACGAGUUAGUGAGUGUGUAUGUGUGUGUCUAUGAAGGGAGAGAGUGAUUUGUGUCUGUGAAGGUUAGAAGAGGCUGACUGUGCUGGAACUGACUGCAGUGCCUUUUUGAUUAUUCAUGGACAGUAAUAGAAGGCACUUAAAAAGAACAAUGAAAUUGCUUAUUUUUUGUGAUGGGCCAUCUGUUGAAUUGUUUUGUGCAACAAUUGCACAAUAGUAUCUAUGUCAUAUCAUUCUAUUUUCAACAGCAGCUGAUUAUGUAUACUUGGCUACUUGUCCUUUUUUCCAAAAGUUCCAUGACCAUUUAAAGUCACCUUUGUGAUCCUUUGCUGGAAAGGUAAUAGAAGUGUAAAGCAGCUGGUGUGUAUUUUCUUCCUUGAUCUUCUGAGGGUUGUGUGUGUGUGUUGGUCCAAAUUAAUGAGGCCUCUUAAAUGUUUGGAUCUAUUUUUCUGUGUUUCCCACCUGUAGUUUUAGAAUGGAAGUUAACACAGAAUUGUUCCAGCAGUUUGUUAAAAAAUGAUGGGGCUCUGUAAUAAAGAACCGACAUAUUGUUGCACAUUCACUGCUUAUUAAUUAUUCCCUCCUUUUCUGCUGCAAGUGGUAAUUAGAAUCUUCUGUCAUUUAACCAACAAGCCUCUUUUGUGACUACAAAAACCAGUUGCCAAUCAGUUAAUGGAGCAAGUCAAAAUCAGCCUCUCAUGAUGGCGGUGUUGUCUUCCGCAGGUCACAGACAUUGCUGAUGCCAUGAUUCUCAAGCAGCUCUUUGAAAACCUGUUCCAAAAUGGUGUUGUUGUGGUAGCAACAUCCAACAGGCCACCAGAAGGUAAAACCAAACAAAAUGUUGCUAUUGGCGUUUUCACUGGAAAGGAAUAGAUGCCUUUAUAAGGUAGCAUUACAUGUAUUCAUUUUCUAAUUAAGAUUAAUCUCUUGUGUUGUUUCUAUUGUAAUUUUUUAAGGUUCUAUGCUGUGCCCUAAAUGGCACACUUCCUUGGCUUCUGUUCAAAUAUAUGGAAGUGAGGAAUAUAGUCAUGCUAAGGAAACUGCAUGGUGUAUAGGGGGUAGGAACUCUGAGCAGGAGAGUUGCAGUCAUGAACUUCUGUGAACAAAACUCUUCUUAUGUGAAUGGAAGUGUCUUCAGUUCAUGGAACAAUUGUUGUAGCACUGAAAAGCCAAUGGUCCUUUCAGUCUAGAAGAUGGAAAGUGGAAGGAAGAAAAUGGUUUGGAGAAAGGGUGAUCAGCACUAUACAUUUAUGACUGCCCCUGGGUAAUUAUUUAUAGGAUUGGUAAUAUUGCUGAUCAUCAGGGAGAAUGAGCUGAGAAAAAUGGAUGCUUACAUAAAUGUGAUGUAGUAUUCAGAGCGUCAGACUAGAUCCAAGGACAAUGGGUUCAAAUCUCCAUGUAAGCCAUGAAGCUCAGAAUGGCCAUGGACCAGUCAUUUUUUUCUCUGCCUAACCUACCUCACAGGGUGGUGAGUGGGGGAGAACAAUGUACAUUGUCCUGAGCUCUGUGAAGAAAGACAAGGAUAAACAUACAAUCUAAUAAUAAAUGCAUGAUAAAAUAGACAAAUGAUAGUGAUCUAUUCUCUGACAUAAGGCCCAAGAUUAAUGAGACCUACUCUAAAACAAUCAGGUGUACCUGUAGCAAGAAAUGUAAUAAAUAAUUGGAAUAACAAACUAAGAAAAUGACUGGCUGCUACAAGAAAGAACAUGAAAAUCUUUAAAGUUUUUCAAUAAAUGUUGAAUGAAAUUGCAAAUUAAUGUGGAAACAUGUUUAAUAAACUUAAAACUGAAAAUGAAACUUCACAUAUCUAUGUUGCUAAGUAAACAUCUAAAAGGAAAAAAAGCUUUUCUUUAAUCACUUUAUAUUUUGAUUGUUUCUUAAAAACUAGUAGGGAACAAAAAAAAUCUACCAGCUGUACUAUUACAGAGACAUAAUCUGUAGUCAGCCAUUUGUGUGUGAAAGAAGUGGUUUAUGGUAAGUACUGCAAAUAUGAUAUUGCAGUUAAAAACUGCAUAUUUACUCAGUGCUGUUAUUUUCUGCAAUCUAGUGUAGUUAUGUUUGUUUCUCAAGAAUUUCUGAAAAACAUACAUGUAUUUACUAAUACUACCAUUGCUGGUUCCGUAUGGAUAAUAUGGUAAGAUCCUUAGUAGACUUUCACAGACUUCAUUCAAUACUUAAAUGAAAGAGCAGGUUCAGCUGGCGUCUCACAUCAAUAAAUGACUGGUGAGGAAGUGCUCUCCAUGGCCUGUUACCAGAUACUCAACACUGCAAUACAAGUGAACAGAGUAGGAACUGGGAAUAGAAAUAAAAUGACUCUCCCUAAUAAACAGAAGUUGGGUCUCUGGCCGGUGUCUACCCAGAUAGUGAUAAGAAGCAUGGAGAUCUAGCAAUUCAUGACUUCCUAUCUUCAAACAGUAUCCUGUCCAUCAGCUAAUUGUUUGGAAUAAAUCACCUAGAGAUGAGUUUUUGACUGACAGCUUUAUGGUUUCCUCUGGGAGCCAGCUCCCUCCAAGGUUACUGGAAAGGUCUGAUAGCCUCCAUUAGUUAUGUUUUGCCUGUUUCAAGUUGAAUAGUUUAUUACACUUUCUAGUUUGCUCCAUCUCAGAAUCGUGGAAAUAUAUCAGUAAGCUAAUCCAGUUUUUUAAAAUACAUAAUUUUUAAAACCCAGAAGACAUAUCCCAUGGUAACCUUGCCUGCUGUAUUACUGGUUUAUGCAUAGUUUUCAAAAAUGAGUACAAAAAGGGGGAGGUGAUAGGCCACAUUUCUAUGAAUGAAGUUCAGAUGUUAGGUGUUUUAUGUCUUCAGAAGAAAGGAUUUAUGAUUUUGGGGCAGCCACUGAAAACAGCGCUUUGUGUACCCUUGAUGAGCAGAUUCUAUAUUCAAAGAACAUCUUUAUUGGGUGUAGAAGUUGUGAAGGGGUUCUGAAAGAGGAUAUGUUCUCUUGAUUGAAUCUGUACUGUGAAGAGUUCUAAACACCUACACACCAAAUUAUGCUCACAAGUCGUAGGAAGUCAGGCUAGGAGGCUCACUGGCAUGAUGAGCUUCCACAGACUGCCUCUGGCUAGAGGCAUAAUAUUAAUUUCUGUGCCAGCUAAAAUUUCUGUAUAUCAGCAAAUGCAACAAUACAUAAGUUGCAUUAUAGUAAGUCUAGCUCUGAUGCUACAAGGGCAAGAUUUAGGCAGCCUGAAAAAAGGAGCCAGCCUCACCAAAUGGCAUUGGUGAAAAAUUAUUUGUGGACACUGCCAGCAACACUCUUGAGUGAACAGGAAAGACUGAAUGAACCCCAUGGGAUGGUAGGAGUUCUUGUCUCCUAAUAAGAAGAACCAUACAGUGGUGAUCUCACAGAUAUUUGUCCAGAACCCCAUCAUUAAUAUUGUAAUGCAGUGAUGGGAAACUUUGUUCAGUUCAAUGGCCACAAUUCCCUGUAGCGGCCACGUAUCAGUGGUGGGUGUGGCUAGAAACACCACUUGCCAUCCUUCAUCCAGGCAAGCAAUAACUGUCAUCAUAAUUCAAAGACACUUUCAAGCUAGUUAAGAUUACUAGAAGAAAGGACAUAGAAGGACCAAUGAGGGGUUCAACCUUGGGCAGAAUCAUGGGGACCAGAUGAAGACACUGGAGGGUUUCAUUUGGCCCCUGGGCCUGAGGUUUCUUACUCCUGCCUUAAUUAUAAUGCUGAAGCUCAUUAAAAAAUGCCAUAGCAUCUGCAGAGUCCUGUUGCUAUUUAGGCAGGUAUCUCCAGACAGCAGUUUUGUUGCUCCAAAUAAGCAUUAUAACACAUCCAAAGGGAAUGUGUGUGCUGUCUUGGGCAAAUGCAUUUUUACAAACCUUUCCUCUGAGAUACCUUCACACUUGCUGCAGAAGACCAACUUUGCUGACUGCCCUCCUUGCAUUGGAUCCUAUCAGCUUUGCUGGCUAGUGGAUUAUCACUCUGAGAAUCCACAGUGUGGGUCGGGCAUGCAUUGACACAGUGCUUCCAGUUCCUGCAGCUGGCAAUAGUUUGAUUAAAUGUAAAGCUGAUGAUUCCUCCAAGAGGCCCAAAGUGUGCUACACAUUAUAUUAUUUCAAUGGAAUGUGGGCAAAAUAAGUUUGCAUUAUCCUGAAAGCUCAGCUUUCUCUGCAGCAGAGCAGUUUUGUUGGAGUGCUGUUAUCAGCAGAUUACUUGCAGACAAAACCAUUCUUUCUCCUCCCCUACUCCUCAGUUUUGAUGUGAUCCAUGCAUUUUGCCAAAUGAGUUAGAAUCAUAUGCUGAGAUGUUCUGGGUCAGUUUCAGUUAUUUAUGUGUGUCCAAUCUUCCUGAAUCACAGAUACUAUAAAAUACAACAAAUGACAAUACAUCUAUUAUAUCAUAAAUGCAUUUGCUUGGGACAGUGAACUCCAUUGUUUUAAAUGGAACUUACUGUCAAGUACGGUAUGUUUUUUUUAUUAUUUAUUUAUUUAUUUAUUUAUACCCUGUCUUUUCCCCUGAUGGGACUUAAGGCAGCUUGCAGAUAAAAACAAGAACAGCUAAAACAUAGAAAAUAACAUCCAUUAAAAACAAUUAAGCACUGAUAGUUAAAACUAUAUACAUAUUUAUGAUUGUUGCGAGAGUGGGCCCUUCCAGAUGUAUCAUUAUAGAUGCUGUGUUCUGAAGUUUUUUGGAGCAAAACUGUAGUGGGCUGUCUACACCAGCAAUCAUGUGUUGCUGAUUAUAGCUGUUGCUUUUUUCCAUCCACACCAGUGACAGAAUGUGUUCAGAUUGAGAAAAAUUCUGUGCCUGUAAUCACACUCCUUCCAUUCCCUUGUUCCACUGAGCAGUAAAUGUCAGAGUUAUGAGCAUGUGCACAGGCUACUGAUAGCCCUUUCGUGUGUUUUGCCUUUUUCGGGGGGGGGUAUGAUAAAUUGCACAAAACUCAUGCAUGCAUGCAUGCAUACAUACAUGUUUUCACAUGUUUUAUCAUAGAUUCAAAUCAAAUUUUCUGGGGAUGUUCUAUUUCCUCCCAUUUUUCUUAUUUAGAGUGUAAUGCAGCCAAAUUUAUUUUUUUAAUGAUGUUUUUUGUCUCUUAUACAUUAGAGUUUAAGUAUAUUUUAAAAAGCAGAUACUGAAAUGUUAAUCACUGUAUUGUGCAGCUUUACUGUUUAUGAUUUAUAAAGUUAACCUCUCCAAAGCAAUGAGAUACAUUUAAACUAUGUGGUUAAUUUAAUUAAGUAAGAAGAAUAUAUUAAUUACUUUUAAAUACAGUUUAAUUUUAAAAAAACACAUUGCAGCCAAAGAUUUAAAUUUAAAUUAUUUUCUUUUUUCCUUCCUUAUUUCUUGAUUUGGUAGAACAGAGGUAGAGAGCCUGUGUUAGGGUUCCCAUAUUUCAAACAGUGGGGAAAUGUUUUUUGGCCAAAGUUGUUGAACUUUUGGGGGAUAAAAAAAUGCUGGAUUUCCCUGGACACUGCCCAGUUUCUGCCUGGACACUGCUGCCGACUUCAAUAUUCUGGAUAUUGGGAAAAUCCAGGUGUAUGACAAUCCUAGCUGUGUUGAACUCAACCGUACUGUUCAAAUCUAAUUCCCAUUGGCACAGCCCAACAUAGCUGAUGGGAAUUUAGUCCACAAUGCUAGGAAGACCAAAGGUUCCUUCUCCCUAAUGUAGAACUUGUAUUUGUAAGUAAGACCAAAAGACAAUCCUGUCAGAUAUAUGUGGCGAGGAUAAUAUCCAUGUGUUCUCUUUCAGAUCUCUAUAAAAAUGGGCUCCAAAGAGUGAACUUCGUGCCAUUCAUUGCUGUUCUUAAGGUAAAGGAAGAUGUGCUUGAUAAGGAAUCUUGCUAGCUUACUGAUAAGCAUCUUUAUUGCAAAACUGUUUUGUUCAUAUUUCUGGGAGGAAUUUUCUUUAUCCUUCUGGGAUUAACUCAAUUAGGGGCGGCAGAAGUUAAGAUUUCAUUUGUAAUAUUUUUGAAUCUUGAGGCUCUACUUUUUCUCCAAACUGAAUGACAGAGUUCAGAGCAACAACAUAAGAGGAAACAUUAUCAGAACAGAAGGAAAUUUUUACUUCUCAGCUUUUUUUCACAUGUAGUAUUCAUGAAGAUAGAAAAAAUCCCAAGCCAGGUCUAGGAGAGCACUAUCCAUUAUUACCUGUUACUAUUCUACUCUUUUCAAAAAUACAAAUGACUACAAGGUUCAUUUUUCAUUUUCAUUAUUUAUUUAUUUAUUUGUUUGUUUGUUUGUUAUCUUUUUUAAAUUCUUCACUACCUUUCAGAAUACAAUAUUUCCAAUGGUGGCUUACAACCUUUAAAAUAAUUUAAAAGCGUAUAAAAUAUAAACAUUAUAAUCACAGUCAUAAUAGCAGUAAAAACAUUUCAGAUCAAUACAUUAUAGUAAUCACCCAUGCCAGAUACCAAAAUCAAUAUUUUUUAAAAAUGAAAUUGCUAUUGUGUCAUGGGUUUCACAAAUUCAGGUUUCCCAGCUUUUAGGUACAAAGAGAAAGGGAAAAUGUAUUAGCAUUUGGAUUUAUAUCUCAAUCUUACACGAAGAAGGGCUCAUUGAUGCAUGGUUUGUCUGUGGGUUACCAACUACUUCCUAAUUUUUUAUGGGAGUCAAUACAAACUAAAUUUGUACUCCUGGAGAUUGCACUGCAACUGCACUUGGUUCUUGCAGCCGUUUUCUGAUUGCUUAAAUCCUUUUUUGAUAACCUAUAAUUUCAUUACUUUGAUCAACAUUUUAAUUGUAUAGGGAAGGGUUCUUUUUCAUUUUAUUAUUCUAUAAACGUCUAAAUACACAUAUUUCAGAAGCAAGUCCCAUUGAUAUUAAUAGGACUUACUCUCAGGUAAGUGAAAAUAAGACUGCAGCCUGCAUCUCUCCCUUUAAACUGUCUUUUAAAAGUCUUCUAUGUGGCUCCAAAAUGCCAAUGUAAUAUCAGUAUGACAUGAAAGAAGUGAAUUUUUUAAAAAUAGUGUGGAGAGCCUUCUAUAGGUAGAAGCAAAGACAUUCACUGUGGAAGUGAUAAAUCCACAAAGCCUGCUUAGAUACUAAAGGUGCAAUCCACGACCAUUUAAGCCUGAGUUGAGUCUGGGUUAUUUUACUUAGGUUUCCUCCUUCUAUGAGUGGGAUUCCAAGUAGCCAGCUCCUGAUCCUUAGAAAUCAACACAAUAAACCUGAUUUUAUGCAAACAACUGUGUUUAGUAUUGAUUCUCUUAUAGAACAGCCAUUAGCAUUUAUGCAGUGAUAAAACUGUAUGUACAUUGCCUUGGGAAUAAGUCCUUUUAUUUGAACUCAGUGGUACUUGCUUCUGAGUAAAGAUGUAUAAAAUUGGACUGUUUGAUUAUUUCCUAUUCUUCCAUCGGCUUUCACCCCACUAAAUAAUCAUAUUUAUUUUUUGUCAAAAAGCCACUAUUAAUGUUUGGAAGAAGAUUCAACUUUAUACUACUAUUAGGUCAGGAAACUACUACCAGCAGAUUCAGAGCGAUCUUGUGACAGGGGGUGGGAUUCUGGCACUGGUUAGGAGAUAUAAAAUGUCUUUGAUUAUGUGUUCUGCCUUUGUCAAGCCACCUGUGUUAGAAGCACACAGAUCUGUGAAUUGACAAUUUCUUUUUAAAAUAAAAAAGUCAUCUUGGUGAUUAAAUUGAUUUGUCAGUUAGUUCCAUUCUAAUGCUGUGAUAGUCCAGUAGCUUUCAGUAUGCUGAAUGGUUAAAACUUGCUUUUGUGGUCAGUGUCAGCACCCUGACCUCUGCUGAGCUGUCACCUGAGUCAGAAUUGCUGGGAUUAAGUCUUUGAUAUUGUGAUGUCUUCACUUAUCAAUUGACUUUUUCAUUACUGAAGACGUUAGGCCUUUUGUUUCCCUUCUUAGUAAGUACCCAAGCAAGUCUUAAAUAGAAGACUCUUUCUUUCCCAACCUGUGGAAGUUGUAGGCUCUGCUUUUCUCUUUUUUCCCUGUGUUAAUUAAAUGGAUUACUUUUGGAAUUUACAAUACAGUUCAGUUGUGAAUCAUUGUGUUUAGCAUUAGAAAACAAGAGUGAGAGUGAGAGAAAAUGAGGGGGUACACACGUGCAAGCAUACACUCAGUAAAUAUAAGACUAGAACAGACUUUGGCUCAAAUGUUCACAUUGUAUUUUUUUGGCUUUUAAAAAUGUGAUUGCAUAUCAGAGUUUGAGUUCAAAAGUGGUUACACUUUAAUGCACAAAAUUAGAACUCUAAAUACUCAAAAAUUCUGUUUGAUCAUCCGAAAACUGUCUUUUGGUAGGUAUGCAAAUCCAUACCACACUGAAUAUAUUUAUAAGUUUUGUAUCUCACAAUCCAAAUAAAUAAAUGUUUAAAAAUCAGGUAAGGUUUUAAAAUAUAUUUUGUUAAAUAUAUUGCAUUUUAAGUACAGUAAGAUGACAGCUUGACAAUCCUUCAUUUAAAUAUAUAUUAUAUAUAUUUGUCAUCUGAAAGUAAAAUAAUGAUAGCAAACUCUUGCAUUCUAUUCCAUUUUGAUCUUAAUAAUAGUUUUUCUCUGUUUAAGCAAAUGAACGCUUUGGUUCCAACAGCUGGCUCAAAUUCUAAGUUAGAUAUGCAAUAUUACAUUGUUUGUAACGCAAUUGAUUUGUUUAAUGUUUCCUUUGCUUGUGAUGUAAUGCAAAAUAAGGUCUUCCUUAUCUUCCUCCAUCCCCCUCGCCCCAAAGGUCUGAGCCAAUUAAUAAGGCUUGUAAGUGCUUUGUCACAGGCUACCAUGGAGGUCUGCAGAGAAGAACUUUAAUCCAAUAAACAUUUCAUUUAGAUCAUGAAAAGAAAGUGUGAGGAGAAGCUCCCGUAGGAGAGGGUGUUACUGGCAAUUCUCUCCUUGCAGUGAUAUGAGGAAUUUGCCAAAUUAAGCAAAAGGCCUUCAUAUUUAACACAUUAAACGUGUCAAAACUAAUAAUGGGAAUAGUUUAAUUUGGGUUGAACCUUACAUUGUGAAUAUUCUAAAAAGCCACAACUGUUUUCUUCAAAGACUUACUGUUGAGCUGGAUGGACAGGGCAAGAGGAGGUUGUGAGAAACCCAAAUAGCAAAUAACACUGGCCGAAAGUUGGGGUGGGGAGAGGAAUAGAUAAUUAGGUGUAAUUAGCGUGUAUGAAUUGUUGUCUCCCUGCCCUUGGCUUGAAUAAAUUUGGAAGAAAAAAACCCAAGUGGUGAAACUGCUUUGAUGUAAGAGGAGUCAUUGUGGCUUGGCAGCAUAAAGGCAGUGUUUUCUACUUCUUACAUAAUGGUUGUGAUACAGAAAGACUGAAUGGACUCUGCACCCCCCAGUCUGCUUUACAGCAAGGACUUUUGGAUUCUCUUGAAACAAAAUGCAGCAGAAGUUUUCAGUUGUUGGUAAUGAGGUAGCAGACCUCAUCAGAGAUAGGCGUAAGCCAUCCUUAGUCUGCUUAGAUCUUAAUUGUUUAUUUUUAUUCUGGAAAUCUAGUUUCUGAAAUCAACACUUUCCCUUUUCUUCUUCUUCCCUGUUUGGAGCUCUGGCAGGAGCAAAGAUUCAUGCCAAGGAAGGAAGUACAAAUCAGAUUUUGAAGUAAGAAAGCAUUGUGAGCAAACUUCAUAUUGGAUGGAACUGAGUUAAAGUAACUUAGUCAUCUUUAUAUAUUUGACCUGUUGUUGAACAACUGCUCAUUUAGUCUAGCAUGAAACAUAGCCAGUCCUGUUCUGCUUUGCAGAAAGGCAUACUGUAUACCGUUUACUUACUAGAAUAAGAGCUAUCCUUAGUUGUGGGAGUGCAUUCUUUGUAAGAGUUGUUUAUACUUUUGGAUAUAAUGCAAAGCACCUUGUCAAAGACCAAGAUGUUGGCUUACAUAUCGCUUCUGUUUGGCGCAGUGGGUAGGGAAUGAUUCUCUUGAGAGACCUUGAAAAAGGAAGCCGUGUUAUGCUCUUACCUUAUUCCCCACUGAAACUUAAUAUUGUUCCCUUUGUUUAGGACGUUCUCUUGAUUAUGCACCCACUAAGCUGAACUUUAAAGAACUUUAUAGUUAUUGCAACUCUAGUCAAACGAUCUCAAUCUGUUGCAUAGCUACAGCUACGUGGUAUGCAGAAACAACUGUAAAGCAUCUAAUUUGAAUUAAGGAACCAAAUUAUCAAUUUUGUGUGCUGAAGCAGAGAAACUAAACUUCUUAUUCCAGCUGAGGUUCUGGACAAUGAUACAGCUAUGGAGAAUGAACAGUUACUUCAUAUCCACAGUGUUUUAACAAACAUAGGAAAUAAAUCAAUAUUAAUAGAGAAUAAUUAUCAGCCUUUAAAAAUAUUAAGCCCAACAAAUCUGAUUUAAUACAUACAGACUCCAGUUAUGCAAUGUAGCAGCAGUAGUAGCUAUAGCCUUACGCACACAUUUUAUGCAUAGUAUUCUUUUCCAACUUGAGGGCCUGAUCUAUUCAUUUUGGGUGUUAAAAUGCUUUUUAUCUUUUUAGAUUUAGCAUUUUGUAUUUAUUUAAAAAUGUAAUAUUUAUGUACAUGCACUCUAUUCUCAAUUUAGAGUUCUGUAGCUACUGGGAUAUGCUUGAGAAAAGGAAACUGGCAUUUCAUUUAACCCUUUGAGGGUUUAUUAUGUAGAACAAGUAGCCUUUUGUGCUUGAAGUUGUACACUCUGAAAAAAAAAGCAACACCUGAAUAUCUCCGGAGCUUGAAUAAUUAUGCCCGAUUGUGUUUUGCUGGUGUAGGUCACAGGAAAUUCACUUAGGGUAGACUCUCUACAAAGCUAAGAUAUAUGCAGAUUUUCUGUUGUUGGAUUGUGUAAAAAUUAUUUACUGUUAAUACUUGCAUAAAGGUUAGAAAGGUUGAUGAAGUGAUAUUUAGUAUUGCUUUACUAUUCACUGCGUGUCAGGAUGUAAUUAUGACUGAUUCAUGGAACUGUCUUAGGAACGAACCAUCUUUAUUAAAAUGCUGAUCAAGAUAAGAGCUGACAGUAAUAAAGAAUAGAACAUUUUAGUCUUGUUGCUUUUCAAUGAUUGCUAAUUACCCCAGAGGUCAUGUAUAGUGCUUGGGAGGAUUCAUUGACAUUAUUUUCUUUUAAGUCUGCUGUUUGAACAACAUCUGAACAUGAAGACAAAGACUGAGUGCAUACUGAACAAUAGUUUGACCAAGUUUUUUUAUUCCACAAAUACUAGAUGAUUCCUCUCUUUUCCGUUUUGUUACAGAAAUUUAUGUUCAAACGAUAAGGCAGGAUCUUUGUUUUAAGAUCAUAUCCUGAUCAUAUCCAUCACUGUCUUCAGAAGGUCAAACAAAUAAAGAUGAAACAAUGUACUACUAACUCUCCUAUAGUUUAUUGUAUGUAGAGCAUAACCCAAAGGAGAGGUAAUUAAAAGUCCAGUCUUGUUCCUAUGACUUUGGUUAUCUUAUAAAUCAGAAUCUUCAGUUUCUUUAUUAGAUUACAAGGCGCAUUUAACCUACAAUAUACCUUCAGAUAGAAGGCUUUUUAGUACCCUUUGUACCAUGUUUGGAACUGAAGUGUGGGCAGUGUUACAUGUCAUGAUUUGAAGACAAACUAAUAUACAGACAGAAGAAAUACAGAGCAUGGGGGAGAGAUUUAGGCCAAUGAAAUAAGUAUACAGUCAUACCUUGGGUUGAAUGUGCUUCGGGAUGAGCGCGUUCGAGUUGCGCUCCGCGGCAACCCAGAAGUAACAGAGCGCGUUACUUCUGGGUUUCGCCGCUUGCUCAUGCGCAGACGCAGCGAAAAGCAAUGGCGCGCGUGCGCAGACGUGCCAUCGCUAGUUACGUUGCUUCUAGAUGCGAACGGGGCUCCGGAAUGGAUCCCGUUCGCAUCUAGAGGUACCACUGUACAGAGAGGAGUGAAGUAAGUGAUUUCAGGCUAAAUGUGUUUCUUAAGGGUGUUUUUCGUUGCUGUUUUUUGGUCAAAGAUCCCUUUGAGAAUCUGAUGAAAGUCCUCUCCCCAGAAAAAUACACAUAAACACACACACAAUUUUGCACACAAUUUAUUCUAUCGCAGUAGAAAAAAUUUUUUUGUGUAUGCUCAGUCCACAGACCUCUUGAAGCCUAUGUGGUCUAUGGGUCACAGGUUAAGAACUACUGGUCUGAACCCUUGGUUGAACAGCCUCCUGCAAGCUAGGGCUCCCCCCAACCGAUGUUUUAUCAACGGCAACUCUCGUAAACCCCAGCUGGUCUGGCCUUGCUGGCUGAGGUUGAUGGAAGUUGUAGUCCAAAACAUCAGGAGGGGAAUCAGUUUUGGGAAUGCAGAACUAAAAGAAGUAGCACUUAAUGGGAAGUGGGGUGUUUUCUGGUAUGUGCAUGAAGUGAGUAGAUUAGGUAGGUGCACAGAACUCAGGAGCCAUAAUGAGGGCAGCAGGGUUAGAAGUAGGGUAGCUUGGGUAUGGGUAAUAACCCUUCUCAGUAGUUAAAAUAACCUUCUGAGGAACCUUCAUGAUUGGUGGGCCAGAGGCGAAAAGUGGGUGGGGCAAAGGAUGUGAUUCUUAUCUUGUAUAGUAGGCUAAAUACAAGCCAUGAAAAGGUUAGUGGUUUCUUCAUACACAUGUAUGUGCAUGCCCAUUCUCGUCUCCAUUCAGGCAAGCAGAAGGCACCAUCAUAGUUCAAGGGCACAUUUGAGCAGGCAAAGGCAGAGUCCCUAGAGCAGGGCUAGUAAGAGGACAUGACUUAGAGAUUUUAAGAGCUGGGUUCAGUCCCUGGGCCUGAGGUUGCCCUAUUAUUAUUAUUAUUAUUAUUAUUAUACCCUGCCCAUCUUGGCUGGGUUUCCCCAACCACUCUGGGAAGUUUCCAGCACAUAUAAAAAGAUAAUAAAAUGUCAAAUCAACAUUUCAGACAAUUCAUUUGCAAUUCAUUACAAAACCCAUCAGCAAAAUCAUGGCAGUAGGUACUUGUACUUGCAAGAUUGGUAUAAACACAAUACUGGGGAGCUUUUCAACAUGCCUAAGAGAUCAGAAACUGGAUACAGGAUAUUGUUCUCUCCCCUUCUCACUCUUCUUUCUGGGAGGAAGUUCUUCACGUCGACCCUAACUAGAGCUAUAACAGAUGUGCUAGAACAAGCAUCCACAACAGUUAGUGUUAACAGGGAAAUGUUAAGCAGGCAUUCACCUUAACCAAAACCUGAAAUCAGAUUUGGGACAUUGGCAGAAAUCCUAGCCAAUUGACUAAAUUAGUGAAUUGGUAAUACAACCAAAUCUUUGGAAGAAGCGCUGGCACAUAGGCGUUGUAGCAGGCUUUAAUGAGGAGGUAUUCCUCCUGCUUGAGAAAUAUAUUUAUUUUUAAGCUCUUGUAAGGACUUAAUUAUGUAUUUAUUUUUAAGAACUGAUGUCCAAAUAAAAAAACCCUUAAUUUAAUAAUGAAACUUAAUUUUUUUAAAGGAAAACUAGGUAUCAGGCUGGGGGGGCAUGCAAAUCUUUUUUUGGGAUGGGUCAUAGCUUGGUGGUAGAACAUCUGUUUGGCAUGUAGGUUCCAGCUUUCAUGAACAGCAUCUCCAUUUGGGGCUAGGAGAGAAACCUGCCUAAAAUCGAGAGACACUGCUAGUCACUUUAGACCAAACUGAGCUAGAGGAACCAAUGGUCUGACUUGGUAUAAGGCAGAUUGCUAUGUUCCUAUGCUGUAUUUUCAGUAUGGAUGUUACAUCUAACUUGUAGUGAUUAUAUGGAGGAAAGCAUAGUUGUCUCCAAUGGCUGUAUCAUUUUCAGUAGUGUUAGGGUUAUUAUUCCAUUCUAACAGAAAUUCCUAAUAUCACGGUUUGUCUCCAUUUCUACCUUACAGAGUCUAAAGUUUUUCCCCUUACAGUAACGUGUGUGAGUGAUAAGGGAUUUUUUUAACCUUCUUAAUUAUAUUUUCAGAAUGUAAUUGUGUUUGUCCUUUGCUCUACAUAAAUACAUAAACCAAUACAUAAUAAUGCGAGCAGCUGAAUAAUUCUAAGCAUUAAAAUUGAACAGUGUAAGAAGUCACAGUCUUUAUGCCAAUGGUUUUGAAAUGCUCCUUUGAUGUGACAUGCAGCUCUGCUAUGACUAGCUUCUACUACCAUUGGGAAAAGGACAGGAGACUUUUAACACUGCAGAUGAAAUAGGAUUAUCGAAAGACUUUAAAUGUAAACCAACUGUUAGGAGUGUAGCUUUAAAAUUAAGGGCUAAAAUAUGAAGACUCCAGCUAAAAGUUCUUUAGCUGCUGAUUAGGAUUCCCUGAUGGUGAUUAGUGAGUGUGGAAUGCAAUCAUGCCUGUAAGCUUUAAUCAAUCCCAUGAUGGAGAAGUCAGUUGCUCAAAGAGAGGCCAAAUUAAUACAUGUAUUGUUUCUAUUGGGCUUAUUAUUUUUAACACUAAAAAAAAAAAAAAAGAAAGUAGGCAAAUUUGUGAUGAAGUAUUUCGGAGCAUACAGAAUUUCAACAGUCCAGAAGCAUGUGAACUUUACUACCAAAUAUUCUGUCUGUCUUUAUCCUAAGAAUGUUUUAUUUUACAUUGCACAACAUUCUGACAUGUCUUUCGUGUUGUGUUGUGUUGUGUUGUGUUGUGUUGUGUGAGCAAUUAAUCUCACUGUGCAGUAACCCAAGACCUUUUCAAAUAGCAAUUUUCCUUGUGUAAGUAUUUCAAAUGUUGAGAGAGCUCCAUUUUUAUUUACAUAACCACCUCUCUGUGUAUAUAUUUAAAGUCAUGUAUUUCUGUUAUUAAGAUGUUCCAUUGUAUGGAAGCUUAGAGAAUAGUUUGUGAUGUGAACACGUCACCUGAUAAUAAGGGACCCUGCCUGUGCUGAAGUCAGUUGACCCAACAAUAUGACCAUGAUUUUGCUGCAGACCAUGGAACUAGCACAGGGGUCAGCAACCCUUUUCAGCCAUGGGCUGGUCUACCAUCCCUCAGACCAUGUGGUGGGCCAGACUAUAUUUGGGGGGGGGGUGAACAAAUUUCUAUGCCCCAAAAAUAACCCAGAGAUGCAUUUUAAAUAAAAGCCCACAUUCUACUCAUGUAAAAACACCCGGCAGGCCCCACAAAUAACCCCGAGAUGCAUAUUAAAUAAAACGACACAUUCUACUCGUGUAAAAACACGCUGAUUCCUGGACCAUCCGCAGGCCAGAUUGAGAAAGCAAUUGGGCUGCAUCCGGCCCCUGGGCCUUAGGUUGCCUACCCCUGAACUAGCAUCUCAAAUGCAGAUUCCAGCAGCUUGAGCGCAAUUAUAAGAACAUCAGUUUUCACUAUAAGGGAAGGCCUUCAUGUUUCAUUGGGGUGGGGGUAAUCCAAGUUCAGAUCUCCUUGUCCUUAGAAACAACUUUUCCCUUCCUUACUUCCUCAUGUGUUCUGAUCUAUUAUCCACCAUGCAAUCAUUGCUAUUAUUAUAUAAUUAUUAAUAUGUAUGUAUGUAUUGUCUUCAUGUGCCAAGAUAACGCAUAGUUUCAAACAAUAUUAGAAUAAACAAAUGAUACAAAAUAUCCUUAGGCAACGUCAGGAACUGAUGCCACAAACUCCCAGACCUUGCGUCCAGCUUCCCUCAGAGCAGACAGGUCCUAAGGAAGGUGGGAGAGGGAUAAUAACAUUACUAAUAAUAGCAAUUUAUACAUUAAAAAAUAUUCAGAACUGCCCCUUCCAAAUUGCAAUGAAAUUAAGCAUUUGCAUACACUGUGCAAAUUUACUCAAACUGCAGAAUAAUUUUAAAGGCCUUUUUCCAGAUUUGCCGCAGAAAUCCAUUCUUGCCGACCACUGUGUGCUUGGGCUGCAAUUUUAUUCUUGCUUACUUACAAGAAAGGUCCACAGAACUCAUUGGAGUUAUUUAUUUAUAUUGCAUUUCUAAAAGUUUGAUAUGUAGCUUUUCUGAGUUCAAAUGCAGCUUACACAUUGCAAUUCAAAAACACAAUCUGCUAUAUUCAACUAAGUCAUAUUCAGAGUAGACCGGUUGUAAAAAACUGAACUUGGUAGCUCAAGUUACUUAGGUCCAUAGAUUUCAUUGAGUCUGCACUGAGUAUGACUGUUGGAAAUCACCCAGUAUCAAUAAAACUUCUUUUAGAAACCUAAAAAAACUUACAGCAUGCCAUAAUACGAAGCAGCAAUUUAUAGAGAACAGGUGAAGAAAAAAGUCUGCCAAGUCAAAGAGAGGCUUGCUUAUAUAAAGCUCACUUUAUUUACCUUCAAGGACAUAUGCAGAGAGUUGGGCUGUUCUUGUACAUUCAAACUAGGGCUGUGAUUGCUGGCAUUCCUAGCCCCUAUUUCAUAUUGAUGAGCAAAAACUAUAGAGGUUGUUUGAAACUUUGAUCACCUUUUGUCUGAUUUGGAUAAACGCCCACUUUACGUUGUUGUUCUUGCCUGGCUCUACUACCUUGUAUUGCUUACUGAGUGAUGCUGAAAAUGUAUGUUUGUAACAGCUGUAUUAAGGCAUUCUUAGUGGCCGGGAGGAGAAUUCUCAGUGAUUUCUUUGUAUAACUUUGAAGCAGCCUUGAUGGUGGAAUGAGCAUAAUCCAAGCGAAUAACUUGCCAGACCCAUCAUUCAGUUCACCUUAUGCUGAUUCAUAGGGAUAUAUGAGCUGAUGCACUGCUAAGAUAUGCUGUACACCCUUGCAAAAUUCCAUAGCAUCUGCUUAAGGAAAGUAACAACUCUGUUAUUUUGUUUCUGUAUUCAGAAAUACUGCAGCACUAUCCAGCUGGAUUCCGGAAUAGACUAUAGGAAACAAGCGCUACCAGCAGCAGGAAAGCUAUAUUACCUGUAAGUUGUUAAAGCUAAAGGUAUUUUUCUUUUCUUUUUCUUUCCUUCACUAGCCAACGUGCCUUGCCACAGGGGCAAGUAAAAACACUCUCCCCACCCCACAAAACCAAACAAAUGCCAACUAUCUUCUGUUUUGCCACAGUGCUAGUGCCAUCAGAUGGCAUUUUCAGUAUCUUCAGUUACAUCGUUUAUAAUGUGUGACUGAAUCAAAACUAAUUAGAUUUUGGGGGGAGGUGUGGUGUUUGCAGAACUGAAGUGACAGAUGGUUAUAAAGCAAUGAAUAUCCUCUUGUAAAAGAGUGUGCAAUUCCCUGGUAAAUAAAAGAGCAUCCUUUAUUGUAGUAAACUAAUUAUUUAUACAAAUCCUCUGACAAGGACUCAUUUACUGUUGGGUGUUACCAUUUGUGGAUUGAAAAACUUGUCUUAUUUUGACAGAUGAUCUGCUUGUAUCUAGGAUGUUGAUUUCCUUCAGCAUUUAUUCUCUGUUUGAAGAUGAUAAAAAAUAAUACCAUAAUACAGCUAUAAGUACAAUUUAUCUGUAUAGCUUUGAUUUCUCUUUCCCUAAUGAUAGUUUACCCUCAGAGCAAUUUGAGAAUACAAGUAUAUGUGAUGCAAAGUUGUUCCAACAUUUAAGAAGAGAAAGUGGUUUUAAUCAAGCCAAUACAAGUACAAAUCUACUUGUAGCUUUAUUAUGGCAUUGUUUUUUUAAUAUUAUUUUUGAGGAGUUUAAAUAAGGACUGGGCUUUCCAGCUAGCAAAAUGAUUAGCCCCAGUCUAGGACUAUAAUGGGAGUGUACCAUUUAGUUCAUAAUCUAGGGGUAGCACCUUGGAUAUAAUUUUUGGGGUGAGUUUUAUACUCAGGAUUGCCAGACAACUGGAUAUGACCUGAAGUUUUAAGUUUUAACCUUAUUCUGAGGCUUCUGGGGAAGGAAUAAAAUAUUGGAGUUAGGGACUUCUUAUUAAAAGUUACUGAGCAUUGCUUCCCAUCCUGAGCAGGAAAAAAGAAAUUUCACUUCACAUACUGGGUUCAAGGCCACAAUUAGUGCUUGCAAUACUAACAAAUGAUUUUGAAAUUCUAAAAUUUUAUCUUUUAAGGGAGAAACAAUUUAUUUUCUCAUAUUGUGGUAGAAUUCAUGUAUGUUGAUAGUGUGUUAAGCUUGGACUGCAUUGAAUGUUGAUUGGUACUUCUAUAGAAACAUAGUUUUUCCUCCAAAUCUGGACGGAGCAUCAAAGGGCUUGGGCAAAAUUUGCCUGUUUCACCCAUAAACAGUGUUCCCACUCCAGAUCUAUAAAGGAGAGGUGCUAGGUAAUGUUAUGGGGAUGGAUUUCUGCUUCUGGCAUUGCUACAUUUUGAGCUAAAUGUAUAUAUAUGGGAGCAAGGGCAGAAGAAUCCCACAAACAUAUUUCAGGGCCUUCUCUCCUAGUGGGCAAGAUGAGAUACUAAUGGAUUGCUAAUGGUGAGGUACCAUCCUUAGUACAGUGGUACCUCGGGUUACAGACGCUUCAGGUUACAGACUCCGCUAACCCAGAAAUAGUACCUCGGGUUAAGAACUUUACUUCAGGAUGAGAAAAGAAAUCAAGUGGCAGCGGCACAGCGGCAGCAGGAGGCCCCAUUAGCUAAAUUGGUACCUCAGGUUAAGAACAGUUUCAGGUCAAGAACGGACCUCCAGAACGAAUUAAGUUCUUAACCCAAGGUACCACUGUAUACAUAUUUGCUGGCAUUGUACGUUUGCCUGAAUUCACAAAGGGCUGAGUCAAAGUUGAAAUGGAACAGCUGUGGUCUGUCUGAAGGAUUGAAAUGUGGGGAAUAUAUAUAUAUAUAUAUUUACUUUAGGUUUGGUUCCAUAGUCCCAGUCCUUAAAACUACUAGCACUUUUUACUGCGCAAAAGAAGUUUAUUAUAACAUUAUUGCAUUAUGUAUCCAGACUAAGUCCAGUUUAAACAUAAAGAACCAUAAGAAGAGAGACCAGGAGUCUCUAACAAUCGUUAACACCUAGACAGCAAAGCAAGCAAAUACAUAUGCCACAUGGUCAUAGUAUUUCCCACUAUAGUAAUAUGUAUUCCAUUUCUAUUUAAAUUAUAGUAAAUGGGUGAUGUCUAGCUGAAUCCCUUUGAGAGACUCUGGAGCAGACUUGGGAAAGGUGUCAGGGGCUGCAGGGAAAGGAAAGGAAAGGAAAGGCCCAUUGCGCAAGUAAACUUCUGCUCAUGCAACACAGAGUAUCAGCCUAUAAUUCUAAAAUGGUAUAUAAACAUAUAAAUUACCACUAUAUGCAAAUUUUAUGCAAAUCUGCUUCCUCUUUUGUACUUUUUGGAUGGUUAUGCGUAAGUGGCUGCUUCAAUCAUUGCUGAAAAUUUCCUGUAAUUUCAUAAUCUUUGGCCAUCUCAAAUUAUUUGGAGAAGGAUUUUAGAUAUGUCAAAACUAAUUAUAUACAGUAUGAUCCUAUACAUGUUUACUUUUAAGUAAAGCCUACUGAAUUUAGUGUGACUUAUUCCUAAGAGGGCAUAGGAAUGCAAACUUUAUUCUAGAAAAUGCCAGAUCAACACAUUACAUUUUAUUUGUAUCCAUUUAAACCUGUGAUAAAAUAAUAUUUACUUCAGAUAUAAUUUCACUGCACCCUCUUAGAGGUUUGUAAGGGUUCCCCUUCAGAUGCUUGCUAGCUUUUGCUUCUGUGCUCUCAUUUUGUGUGUGAGAUAUAGACAAAAGCUUAUCUUUCUCACUGUGUGUGUGUGUAUGCAUUGUUGGUAUCUGUCUGUCUCAAGAGACAAUGGAACAGUGUGCCAUUGAGAGUAAGUCAAAGCAUUGGGCAAUUAUGGUGCCUGCUGUGGCUGUAGAGACCAACAUGGGAGAGACAUGUUUCAUUGCAAGUGGGGCAAAUGAAGGCGUCCAGUUUUGCUGCUACUGAUGCACCAUGGGGUUUCUUCUCUCUGCGCUUCUCCCAGCGUGUGUGUGUGUGUGUAUCUAUCUAUGUAUCUGAUGGCCUGGCCUGGCAUUGCCUCAUUACUGGAAACAGCUUGAAACACAAAAGUCUUCCUAUGUAUGCAAAUAAAGCAGAAUCAUCUACCUGAGAGUUAAUGUUCUCUGCUUUUAAGUGUAUUCUAACUCUAAUGUUUGUAUUUACAACAUAACAUCCUGUUCUGUCUUUCUCACUCUCUCUCCUUUUUUAUGGGCAAAAAGCUAAGCAAGCUCAGGCAGCUGUUUGAUGUUGGCUUCAAGUGUUAUUAAUUUCAUAUUCUAUUAUUCUUUUCACUGUAGCACAAGUGAAGCUGAUGUGGAGGCUGUCAUGGAUAAGUUGUUUGAUGAGCUGGCUCAAAAACAAAAUGAUUGUACGUAAGUUAAUUUCUCUUGAAAGAGAAUACAUUUAGAACACAAUGCCCAAUCUCCACUGACCAAUUAAUAAGUUCCACUGCUGUAUAUGGGUUGAUGCCACACUCAAGUGGCAGUCAUUGUAUCAGCAUUUUGUCUAAUUUAUGUGUUGAAUCAUGUGCUAUUAUUCAUCAAGCUAUGCAUUUCCUAUCUGUAAGAGAUGAGUUUUGUAGUAAUUAUCCAGACAAGAUUGAGUCUUUGUUCAUGUUCCCAUAGUAACUAGACCAAGGAUUUUAAAAGUACAAGGCAGAGAGCUGAGAGUGAAUAAAGCGUGUGGAACCAUUGCAGACUUCACAUUUGAAGAGCUGUGUGACAGAGUGAGUACCCAGUCAAGCCUAGAUCAGUUGGGCUUUUCAGGCUUCUCCCCCCCCCCCUCUUUUUUAUUAUAUUAUCCCAGCUCCAAACAAGCUUUGAGAUAUCCUUUGAACCUACAACAACAAGAAUAACAAGAAAACUUGAAUUCUAGAGUUGAAAAGUAAAACUGAAAGGGUGAAAAAAAGCAUAGCACAAUCAGUUUCUCUUGAAAGUGAUCUCUAUGAUAAACAAUUUAAAUGUGUGAAUAAAAUUCUGGAACUUGCUAAGGCACUAGUGUCCAAAAGAAAUUCACAUCUAGAUGACAGUUGUUAAAUGCUGAUCACUUAGGUAAGGAGCACAAAGAAUAAAAACUUCCUUUCAGAAUCAGACCACAGGUCCAUCUAUCACAUGUCUCCAAUGGUGAAUUACAUUUGAUCUAUCCUAGCUGUUUUCACUUACUUCCAGUGAGACAAAGGAUAAGGCUUCCAUCUAAAUACCUUUUCAGCCAAGGAUUCACAUGCUGCCCUUUGAAUUACUACUCCAUGGUGAAUCUCUGUGAGACCCUAGAGAAUAUUCUUUAAGAAAUUGCCCAUCUGUACCUGUACUGAGAAUGUAGAGCUGCCAGCCAGGUAGCUUACUAAAGAAGCCUGUUGCCUUGAUCAAGGGCAAAAGCUGUUCAAUGGUUGUCUUACCUACUGUGACUUUAUAGGUAAAGUAUAUUAAGAUAGGUAGUUUUGUGUAAUGUGGAUACUAGAGUUCUAUAAUUGCAUAUAGUAAAUAUUCUAAAAAGGUUUACUUUUUUUUUUAGAAUGUAAAAUGAUCUCUAGAAAUCUUAUCUAAUGGCAUUGUAUGACCAAAAGUGUCUAGCAUUGUGUGUCUUAAGUGUUAGCCUUGUUGGGCCUUUUUCUGAGUACUCAGAAUUGCAGCUCAUGAGGAAAGUAGUUGUAUAGUCAGGAAACUGCCCCGCUGCAGACAUGCCCCCAAUAUAUAGGUCAUAUUGGAGGUGGUGUGUGACUCAGGAAUCCAUGUAGGGCUGAUUUGUAUAGCCUUGACCUGCUACCUCAAACAGUUAAUGGCUGUUAUGGGACAAAUAGAGCUUCUACAAUAAGGACAGGCGCCACUUAAACUGGAGGGGAAACAGAUUGCUGGCACAUCAAAAAAGUGGCAGAGUAGUUUUGAAACCAAUCAUUGAGGGAAAGUUGAUAGGAGCUAAAGAGCACCUGGUUAGGGUGAAAAUGGGAGUGUUGCAUAUGGGAGUGGAGCAGAAUUAGGCAAUGAAAGUGUAAGGGUACAUGAUAACCAUUUAGUGCGGUAGGGGGAAAUUUGGAGAGCGACAUCACAUAUAGAUGGUCAUACUCUUCCACAAGAAGUCUGUGAGCCAAAAUGGGCAAGCUAGAGUGUCCUUCAAAACCAAAGGAGAGCAUAGAUAUAGUAGCCAAUGUGGAAUGGAAAGAACCAGUGAGAUACAGUUAUCUUUUCGGUACUAAUAUUCUAUGAAGCAAAGGGAAGGGCAUAUGAGAAUGGUGUAACUGUAUGUGAAAGAGAAGAUAAAAUCAAAGAAACUUGACAUCUCCAAAGGAACAGGCUUUUUCACAGGAAGUGGGAUGAUAAUGCAUACCCCAAAGUAAUAGAAUUGGGGAUAUAUUAUCACCCCCUCGGCAGAAUGCCCAGGGGGAUCUUGAGAUGGACAAUGCAAUCAAUUAGGCAUAUAAAAGGAUAAAGUGUUGUUGUAAUGAAUGUCUUAAAUGACUCUCACAUUGACUGUGGGUAGAUUCAUGUUCUGGUCACAAUCAACAUAUGGACAAUUGUCAGAGAAGUCCAACAUGAUUGCACUUGACUUCAGAAGCAGGGGGGAAAUGAGGUAGAGCUGCAUCAGUGAAACCAGCCACCUUCUGAGUCUCUUCCCCCUCACAGUCCUUCCUCUGGAAACAGCUCCCUUAUAAAGGCUCCCAGGGCUGGAGGGUGGGGCAAGGCAGGUGGAAAAAACCAUUAGCUGCUCGAUAUUGUAUCAUUGGGGAAAGUGCAGAAAAGGGCUACCAGAAUUAUCGCUGAGUUGGAGCAACUCUACCAUGAUGAAAAGUUAUAAUCUUUUGGGGUUUCAGCUGAGAAAAAAACCAAGUAAGAGGGAGGGACUCCUGUUUAAUUCUUUGGCCAUUGGCCUGUAGGACCCCUCAGGACUAAUAAUAAUAAUAAUAAUAAUGCCAUCAACUUACGCUAACUUUGAGUGUAACUUUGGGUCAGCACAAAAAACAAAUGCUCUUCUAGUAAAUGUGUUGGUGCAAGGUCAUUUUCCUUGGUCAGACAAGUAGGCAAUGAAACAUGAUUGUUGCCUUUUGUGGUAAAAUAAUAAAAUGGAAAUUUAAGAGUUUAGUCCUAUGUAUUUGCAUUCAGAGAUGAUUACAUCCAAAUUCAGUGGGGCUGGCUUCUUAGUUAGUGCAGUUAGGAUUACAUGCUAAAUUCUAAACAUCACAAAAUUAUUUUUAACAACAAUUCAAGCCCCAGAAAUGUUCAGAUGGCAGUAUUUACCGGUAACACGGAAGAAGAUGAACUCUACAUACAGAUUGUGAAAAUGAGUUGGUAGUUAUUUAUAGUCUGAACACAGACUCAUAAAAGUCUAAUUAACUUUGAAAUGGAAAUAUGGUUUUUCUUUCAUUCCUAGGUCAUUCAAGGCCAGCCCUACCUUCGUGCAUGACCACCCACUUGAUUUAGACAUAGUGGUUGAAUCAUGCCCCAACACCCACCCACACCCCACAUGGAUUAGUCCAUAUGCAUUAGACUGCAACAUAGAAUAAAUCUUGUAGGUUUCAUAUUUGCAGUUAUAUAUAUUUGUGGCACUCAGAGCUUUAAACAGUGACAAAUCUCAGCAGACUGAUUUGCACAUAAUGAUUUAGCACCAUGUGCAUGAUCUGGAAGGAGCCUGAACAUUGCCUUGGGCUUGGGUGCUCCCCUCUCCUCUCCACAUAAGGAAGGAAAGGACCUCGGCAGUGUCUCCUUUCAGUUUCAGAUAAUACUGGUGUAGCUUUAUGUGCAGACCUGAUUUUGUGCUUUAAAAGACAGUUAAACAAGCCAGUUUCAUAAUCCAUGGUUAGUUAAACAAGCCAGCUUCAUAAUCCACGGUUUGAAGUUGGCUUGUUAGAAACUUAGCACAGAGUUUUUUCUAAAUGGCAAAAUCUGGUUCCUUUGUCACUGUCAGGAUUUGUGGAAUGUAAAUCACACAACAGGGUCAGGAGUGUGCAAAUCUGAGCUUUGAUCUUAUUGCAGCUCAUGCACAUUGCACUAAACCAUUGCUUAGUACAGAGGUUGUCAGUCUAGAGAACACCCUCUUCUGUGCGUGGUCACAUGGGGUCUAUGUGUGAGAGUGGGAGGGUGAAUAUGUUUGGUCUGUGAGGUUGUAUGUGUAAUUUAUUGAGUGUGUGAGAGAGAUGUAUGUUUGUCUGAGGUCUGCAUGUGUGCAGUGAGUGUAUUGCAUGUGCAUGAGAAAGUGAAUAUUACUUAGCCACCUUGUAUGGUUUCCCUGGUACUGAAGAAUGCCCCCUGUUAGACAGCAACAGCACCAGUGUGUGAAAGAAAGAGAAAUCAAUAUUGUGUGAUCUCCACAGGACCAGUCAGACAUGUCUGACUUCCCUUGACCAACUGAGGUUGUCUGGAGCAGGGGGUGGAGUGGGGAAGCAACAAUGACUGUACUUUCUUUAAUUCUGUGUUAUGCCAUACCCCAUGGCAAUCUUUUUCUCCCCAUGCCAUGCCCCAAAGGCAUCUGGUUCGUGGCUGGUGCCCACAGUGCUAUUUCAAUAUUCAAAAGUGUCCCAAACAGGUUGGCGACCUCAGUCUCAAUGUUACAUACAAACUACAGAGUGCCGUGAGUUCUUUGUAAGUCUAAUUUACUGUAUUUUUUGCUCUAUAAGACUCACUUUUUCCCUCCUAAAAAGUAAGGGGAAAUGUGUGUGCGUCUUAUGGAGCGAAUGCAGGCUGCGCAGCUAUCCCAGAAGCCAGAACAGCAAGAGGGAUUGCUGCUUUCACUGCGCAGCGAUCCCUCUUGCUGUUCUGGCUUCUGAGAUUCACAAUAUUUUUUUCCUUGUUUUCCUCAUCCAAAAACUAGGUGCGUCUUGUGGUCUGGUGCGUCUUAUAGUGCGAAAAAUACGGUAUAUAUGUGUCAAUAUAUUGGCUUGCUAUGGGAGGAAGGGUAGGAUCUUGGCCAGGGAGGGCGGGGUAUAAUUAUUAUUAUUAGUAGUAGUAGUAGUAGUAGUAGUAGUAUAUAAAUUGAAUGAAUAACAACCUCAUACCCAGAAUGUGUCAAGCUCAAAUAAUAAGCAAGUGUCAUGUGCAGAUUUUUAUGUAUAUUAUUUCACAGCCUCUGUGUUGGUCUUAAGUUCUAGGCAUUGCAUAGCAAAUGGAAGAAGGUCCACUGCAUCACGUAGAACAAUUGUUUUCAUUACAGUGGUGCCCCGCAAGACGAAUGCCUCGCAAGACGGAAAACUCGCUAGACGAAAGAGUUUUCCGUUUUGGAGGUGCCUCGCAAAACGAAUCUGCUAUGGGCUUGCUUCGCAAGACGAAAAUGUCUUGCGAGUUCCUGGGUUUUUCCCUUUUCCCCCUCUUUUUCUAAGUCGCUAAGCCGCUUAUCUGCUUAUCCGAUAAGCUGAUAAGCCGCUAAAAGCCGCUAAAAGCCGCUAAUAGCGCUAAUAGCGCUAAUCCGCUAAUCCCGUCAAUGGGCUUGCUUCGCAAGACGAAAAAACCGCUAGACGAAGAGACUCCCAGAACGGAUUCUUUUCGUCUUGCGAGGCACCACUGUACACAGUUGCUUUUUAUAGAUGGCCCUGACUAUAACACACAGAAAGUCGUUUCACUUGUCUCUUAUCACCAUCCACCUGUUUCAUCCAUUUAACCUUGUUUCGGAAUCUAGCAUCUGUGUAUAAUGUAAAUUAAUACUGACCAGAAAGGUAGGUGCAGCAUAAAUCUUAUCUUUAAUAUCUCCAUGUUAUCUAUAUUUCUUAAUGCUUCUUUGAAAUAAAAACUUUCAGCCAUGAUUAUGCAUAGCAAAUACUGCCCUCUGAUGGCAAUACUAACUUUUUAAUGUGAUUAAGGCUGUGUGCUGAUGGUUCUUUCUCUGCAGCAACGGUGAACUUCCUGAUCCACUAUUAGUAACUUGAUAGUGGUAUAGACAUAAUGGAGACGCUCUCUAGGGGCAAAAGCCUGGUCGCUCACUCUUCAAAAUUCUUAGCAGCAUCUUUUGGCAGUCAAUGUCAGUCCUAAGGAUAACUUGCACUUUUUUAUUUUAAGAGCUACAUGGGCACCUAUAUUUAUACGCACCCAUCAUUUUACGUACCAAAAUAUUUAAUUAAAAAAAAAAUCACAGUGGUGCCUCGCAAGACGAAAAGAAUCCGUUCUAUGAGUCUCUUCGUCUAGCGGUUUUCUCGUCUUGCAAAGCAAGCCCAUUGACGGAUUAGCGGAUUAGCGCUAUUAGCGGCUUUUAGCGGCUUAGCGGAUAAGCGGAUAAGCGGCUUAGCGGCUUAGAAAAAGGGGGGGGGAAGGAAAAAAAACCCGCAGGAACUCGCAAGACAUUUUCGUCUUGCGAAGCAAGCCCAUAGGAGAUUCGUUUUGCGAAGCACCUCCAAAACGGAAAACCCUUUCGUCUAGUGAGUUUUCCUUCUUGCGAGGCAUUCGUCUUGUGGGGCACCACUGCAAUCCAAAAGUGUGGUAACCAUGAAGGCAAGGGGAUAGUUACUUUUAAUGGACACUACUCAAUAGCUGCUAACACCAAACACACCGAAACCUAGAGAGAGAGAGAGAGCACAAGAGUUGUCGUCCCCCUUCCACUCUGCUUUUUUUAAAAGUUUGUUUCCUUUUUGAGGAGAUCCUUGAUUGAAGAACUGAGGUUGCUUUGUCUAGGGAAGACUGGCUCCAAGUAAUGCAACUGCAGCCAUUUGUAAUUCUGCACGUGUCCACAAUUGUGUGGAGGAGGUAGCAAGGAUACCACCCAUUUCAUGAAUACAGCCAUGGUCUCUAAGCAGUGAUUUCUACAAUUGCAGGAGUCCUUUCAUCAGCUGCUACAAUCAUGGAAAUGAUUCUAUCACAGCGGUUGUAUCGUCUGUCAGGUUAGGUCACUUAUGAACAUUCUUCAUGUAAAGGAUGAUUCUGGGAUGGUUACAUAUCAUCCCUUAGCAUGUUAAGACUGAAAGUACUUGUUAAUGACCAAUUACAACCUACAGUACAUAAAAUGGAAGACCCCCCAAAACGUACAAACAACACAGACCCAAAAGGUAAUUUCUCUUAAAUAACAUAGAAAGAAGGAAAUUGCAAUAGGUAGAUUCCAGAGCUUGACUUUCUUUUCUGCUUCCUAUUUAUGUGGGUUUUUUGUAUUUCUAGUAACAAUAAUAAAAGAAUAUAAAAAUAAUAAUAAAAGCGCAGGAUAGUACGCACCCCGGAAAUGAUCUCUUUCAGCUGCUGCCUUCUGGAAGAAGGUAUAGGGUUAUAAAGGCCAGGACUAGCCGCCUUGGAAACAGUUUCUACGCAAAUGCAGUUCUGGUUCUAAAUGCAGCAUAGUAAAGGUAAAGGUAAAGGUACCCCUGCCCGUACGGGUCAGUCUUGCCAGACUCUAGGGUUGUGCGCUCAUCUCACUCUAUAGGCCAGGAGCCAGCGCUGUCCGCAGACACUUCCGGGUCACGUGGCCAGCGUGACAAGCUGCAUCUGGCGAGCCAGCGCAGCACACGGAACGCCGUUUACCUUCCCGCUGGUAAGCGGUCCCUAUUUAUCUACUUGCACCCGGAGGUGCUUUCGAACUGCUAGGUUGGCAGGCGCUGGGACCGAGCGACGGGAGCGCACCCCGCCGUGGGGAUUCGAACCGCCGACCAUGCGAUCGGCAAGUCCUAGGCGCUGAAGUUUUACCCACAGCACCACCCGCGUCCCUAAAUGCAGCAUAAGGGGUCUCUAUGGUAUAGUGUAUUUUAAAAUGGGGUUUCAGAGUUUUUAGGGGGUUUUGAAUGUUUUAUGUAGUUUUGUAGUAGUUUUAUGUAGUUUUGUAGUAGUUUUGUGUAGUUUUUCAAUUUCAUUGUUCUGCAUGGGACAAUGACAAUAAAGAUAUUGUAUAUCGUAAAAACCUCACCUCAGAGCAAAGGGCUGUUGCUUUGCUUUUUUUCCUUCAGAAGCAAAAAAAGGUCAAAGCCAUCCCCUUUGUGUGUUAUGAAGUUGUAACAUUCCCUCGUCACAGGUGCAUCUGGCACCUUCACUAUACAGCUUUUGGUGAAUGGGGAAGAUGCACGGUACCACUUUACCCUGGCUUUUGGUACCUGAGAUGUGUGGGACCCACCCUUAACUCCUGUGACUACAAUACAUUUUACCUGCUUUAAAUACUGAAUUUUAAUACUGGGACCUGCUGCUGAAGGGGGGAGUAAUAAAUUUAAUGAUAAUAAUAAUUAAUAGAAAAAUAAGGGAAAUGGAGUGAUUUGUUAGAGCAUUACAAUAUAUAAACAGCUAUUAAAAUAACUUGAGUUGAGAAAAUGGUAGCAGAACACUUGUUAACUUGGUAGUGAAAUGGAAAAAGAAUGAAGUGGACAGCUCAGUCAAGCAGACUAAAGUAGAUUAACAGCUUGGUGGGCUUGAAUUGGCAUGGAUGUGGUUUGAGUGAGUGUGACAUCAAUGAAAUCCUACUUCCCAGUAUUAAGAAUUAGUAAUAGAAAUCCACAGUGGUUGGUCUUCAUUAUCCAUCUUUUACAUGGCAGCAACAAGGUAGAAAGCCAAGUCAUUAAUCACAGAAGUUGAUAUUAAGAUAACUGUAGACACACUACAGACUUAAAGUAGUUUCCCAUGAAGUCCUAGAACUAUCUGAAAAUUGUUUAGAGUCCUGCAGAAAGGGUCGGGAGUGCAGCUGAGAUUGAGCUAGCAAUAGGAAAAACACCACCAUCCUCAGAGUGGGUUUUGGUGGUCCCAUCUGGUUAAAACAAAAUCAGAACAUUUGUUUACUACAAUAGGUAUGUUCAUAAAUAAAUAAGUAAUGUGGCUGAAGGUGUCAUUGUGAAAAUGAGGAAUUGUACCAGGUAAUCUUAUUUGAAGCUUGAAGUGGAAUAACAUGCCCAAAUACGGCACUAGCUGAAGUGCCAUUGAGUAUUCAAAUUAAGCAAAUCAAUUCUUCCUAGGGCAAGUUAUGUAGCUUCAGAAUAAUUAUUUCUUUAAAACUAGGCAUUGUAUUGAGGCUGUUGUUGACUGAUACAGAAGCAGUAAGCUCUUCAGAAAGGUGACAUUUCAUAAUAAAUUAUACCAACGUAGACUUCUAGUAUUUACAUGCUAAUCAGUCAAUCGUACAAAGCAAGACCUUGGACUCCAGAGAGGUUUCAGUAACUUGUCUGGCUCAUUCCACAAAAUUAAAGCAUUUCCCAAUAAAUGUAACUGAAAGAGGAACAAACUUAAGGAGGUGUAUAGGAAGCUGCCUUAUACGAGGUCCCGCCAUUGGUCCAUCUAGCUCAGUACUAUCUUCACUGAUUGGCAGCAGCUCACCAGGAUUUCAGGCAGGGUUCUUUCCCAGCCCUUCCCUGGACAUGUCAGUGUUGAAACUGGGACCUUCUGCAUGCAAAAGAGAUGCUCUACCACUAAUCGGUGGAUCUUCCCUAACCAGAGACUGGAUGUAUAUAGGUCUUUAGCUAGUUAAUAGGGAUAUGUUCAAUGGGUUCACUGCACAAUGGCUCAGAAGUUGUGCAUGGCAGGGAGUCGGAGUCAGGGGCCAGACGCAAAAGCAGGAAGGGCUCCUGCAGCUUUAAUAAUUAUGUAGAAGAGGGAAUUUCGUACAUUGUGUGCUAAUCUAUACCUGGUGCAAUUCCCACUUCUACACAACAAUUACAGGUGUAGCAGCCCUGUCUUCUCUUGCAUCUGACCACCGUGCCUAGUAAGAGAACUCAAGAUUUGCAUGCAGGAGACCCCAUGUUCAAUUCUUGGCGCCCCUGCUUAAAAAGGGCUCUGCCAGCAUGACUGGGAAGGGGGCCUGGCUGAGGUCUUGCAGAUGUUACUGAGCUAAUUGGACCCUCAAUCUGACUUGCUAUAAAGUAGCUCCACCUGUUCCCAGGAUCUCACUGGACUUCACUGAAUUGGUGGCGGUGUUCCCCCCAGCAGGUUUAAAGAAUGCUGGCAUUCUACAAGGCACCUGGGUUUGUGUGGUAUUUAGUGGCUUGUAUUUCUUCCUUUGGAACUCUUGGCUUAUUCACUGGCUUAUAGGGGUUCUCUCCCUGUUAAGAGUCCCAGCAUAAAGAAAUCACAUUGCUUGUGAGGCUACUCAGGAUCUGUUGCCAGGACCACGUUUUCAGUGCCCAAUUCUGUAUCUCCUCAGCAGAUGCGCCCAACACCCUCACAAUGCCUUCAAGGGAAUCGCAGCUGUAUGGUGGGCAGCUGGCAAAGCUGGAGGAAUGCUUUUGAGAAGCUUUUAUGGCAGGGCACAUGUUUUCGUGUGUGGAGGGUCUAAUUCAGUGGCGCAGCUUGUUUCCGCCUCCCUCCAAAAAAGGGAGGAAAACUCCUCUGUCACAUGGCUCCUGCUCCUCUGUAGAAAGGCAAGUUGCAUAAUAACAUUGUACAAUACAGUAUGUGGGAACAGAACUUUGUUUCAAAACAAUGUUGGGUAAAGACUUGGCUUUUUCAUUUCAUUUCAUUUAUUUUACAACAUUUUUAUAUUGCCUAAUAACUUAACCAAACUUAUAAUCACUUAAAAUAUUAAUCAUUAAGUGGUAUACAGUGGUACCUCGGGUUACAUAUGCUUCAGGUUACAGACGCUUCAGGUUACAGGCUCUGCUAACCCAGAAAUAGUAUCUCAGGUUAAGAACUUUGCUUCAGGAUGAGAACAGACAUCGUGCUCCGGCGGCGCGGCGCCAGCGGGAGGCCCCAUUAGCUAAAAUGGUGCUUCAGGUUAAGAACAGUUUCAGGUUAAGAAUGGGCCUCCGGAACGAAUUAAGUACUUAACCCGAGGUACCUCUGUGUAAAUGUCUUAAAUAAAUACCUCGGGUUAAAUGUGCUUCAGGUUGAGCGCUUUCGGGUUGCGCUCCGCAGCAACCUGGAAGUAAUGGAGCGCGUUACUUCCGGGUUUCAUCGCUCGCACAUGCACAGACACUCAAAAUGAUGUCACGCGCAUGCACGGAAGUGGCAAAACGUGACCCGCGCAGAUGCGCCGUUGCGUCUUACGUUCUGUUCAGGACGCAAACGGGGCUCCAGAACGGAUCCCGCUCGCAUCCUAAGGUACCACUGUAGUAAUAAAUUGCUCAUUAGAAAUAGAAAAGAUAAUACCACCAGCAGUCAGUCCUAUAAAACAGCACUGCAAAGCACUGAAAGAUGAUUUUUACAUAUCACAGGAAAAUAAAAAGUUUUCCAACUAGUGUUGAAAGGGCCAUAACGUGGGUGCUCAUCAAGACUUUCCUGGCAGGGCAUUCUUUAUGUUUCAGGGGUUUCCCUCCAUUCCAAACAUGGAAGAGUGUUUUUUGUUUUAAUCUCCUGAAACCAGAAAUAAAACCUAAGCACUUGGUUUGUUUAUUUAAUCUUAGGUAUCCACGGCCAUUUAAUUAAUUCUCAAAUGUGUGGUGUACUAAAUGAUCCAUGAACCAUCUUUUAUCUUUUAUGUUGUGGCUGCAACUUUAAUUCAUAGGAAUUUAGUUAAACCAAUCUGGUAUUAGACUGGAUGAUGUCAGGAACAUAUCUACUACUGUUGUAAAUUUCAGACUAAUUCAUAUAGCCUAUUUCUGUAACGUGUGCAUUCCUGCAUGAAUUCUCUGCAGCUGUAGUUAGAGCUUGAGUAUGUGAUUUAUUUAGGGCUUGUUCACACAUCUGGGUUUAUUGCAUUGUGCUUACAUUCCUUUUGCUUGAGUCUGAGUUAGAAUGCUUCAAGAAAGUGGAAGACUUGAUGGCAAACUAGAUGUGAUGUUAAAUGUGUGAAUGCAUUUGUGUCCAUGGGCUGCUCCCCCCCCCCCCCGAUCAAGUAAAACAAUAGAAUUACUUAACUGACCAAUCAUGUUGGUUCUGCCCCCCCAAAAAAAAUCCUAGCUACGUCCAUGCUUGUGUCUUUUAAAAAACAUACUUUCAGUGCAGCAGCUGCAAGAGGGGAUCAAGAUCAGGACUAUGGCACAUGAGGAGGGAGAGUUUUACCCUCCUACCAUAUCACAAUCAUGCUAAAACUGCCUUCUCUCUGAUGCUGUUAUUUACCGCCGGAGGGAAGCUGCCAGUUGCACCAAUGGUAGCCUUCCUCCCAGAGGCCCUGGGAGGGGGAAAUUAUAUCUGCUUGGACCACAGCAAAGGAGGUAAAUACUAAAUCUUCCUUGCUGUGCAACACAUUUCCAAUCAUAACCCUUUCACUGUGGGUAUUAAUUUCAUAGUUGAAAAUAGACAUAUUAAAUGAUUAAUGCAGUCUGCAGCCCAUUUGGUUUUACCCUGAGGAAAUGACUCAAUUUUCUUUUAACUUUAUCCUUAGCAUUAACAUAUGAUGUGGGUGGGUGGUGGGGAGACACCUUCUGUAGUCAGUUAGUACAAAAUUUACAAGGAUACCUUCACAGAGUGCUGUUGUACUUAGAUCCCGCUUUCCACAGGAAUCUCUGGUCAGCCACUGCGAGAACAGGAUACUGAUCUAGAUGGGCCAUUGGCCUGAUCCGGCACAUUCUUCUUAUUUGCUCUAUAAAUUUGGCAAUACUCAAGCAAAUUACUUGCUGAUUUAAUUUAGAGAUCAUAAAGCUAAGCUUAGCCACCAACUUUAGGAAUCAAUCUGUUACUAUCACAGUCAACCUUAUCACCUAAUGCAAAAAGAAAACAAAAUAGGAGGGAUCACACUGGUUUGCUUGAGAUAUGAUGGUAGCAUUUCAAAAUAUAUAUUGUGUUGGUCUAUUGGCUUUUCAGUGAGUUACAGUUCCCAUUUUCUUUUUCAGCCGCUUGGAGCCAGUGAUUACUUGGAAGUAGCUAUGCAUUUUGACCUAGUCUUUGUUCGUCACAUACCUGAGUUUACAAUGGCAAAAAGGACCCAAGCUCGCCGCUUCAUUACUCUUGUUGAUACUUUUUAUGACAAGAAGGUAAGCAGUCAGUUGGUAAAUUCUUACAGGAUGAAAGCAUAUUGAAUUGCUCUGGAAAUUAUCAGUAUAAGAUUAAUGGGUAAUGCAAGUUAAAUCUUCCUAUUUUCUCUCAUAUUUGCCUGCUGCUUUGGGAAAUUGGUUCCACAUGAGAUGACAGGGGUGAACAAGUCACGGGACAAUUUAACCCAGAUACAGUUUAGGUCAUAGGUCUUCAACGGGUGGGAGUUAAAUUUGGUGUGAUUUUAAUUUGGUGUGUUUUUAAUUUCCUGGAAUCAAAUGGCAAUGCCAAUCAAUUUCAUUAGGUGAGCUUGAGUUCCAGCACUAUAAAAGAAGAACGAAACGUUCUCUCUUGUUUUCUCCAAACCAGGACACAUAGAUAAAACAUUGCUGCUCACCAACUCCUAUCCCUGAAAAUCUGCAACUCCAAGGUGGAGUUUAGAUAUUAGAAAAUUGUUGGUAUAUUCUGCCCCAUGCCCCCAACCAACUCUGAGUCAAAAUAAUAUCUUUCCAAGAGAAAUGAUCGUGAUUCUUUUUUCUUGAUUGGUAAAAAGUCACAUCAUGUUUUGCAAGCCAAACAAUAGUUAAGUUGAAAUUAUCCACAAAGUUUUGUUUGCUGCUGUAAUUCCAGGGUACAGAUUUGCUUUGUUUUCGUCUUAUUUCACCUAGAGUCCCAGUCAUGAUUCGUUAUAAGUGAACAGACGAGUAAAGUGUUAAUGGGUUUGCCCCAAAGUGAUGAUAAUUUUAGAAGAAACAGCCACUCUUGGUUUUAGUCUGAGUUGUGGGACCUCUAAUGAAAUAGUAAUGAUAAAUGCAGCACUUAGCUUGGAUUUACAAAGGUUUCAAUCAUAGGAGCAAAAUCAGCAGUAUUAAAACAACUAAAAAAGGCUCUUUAUAUUUAAGCUGAUGUUUUAAAAAGUAAUGGAAGACAUUAAGCUUCACCCUAUGUGUGAUUAUAGCCACGCACUUAAAUAUUUAUGCAAUCAGGAAAUAUCGAUUGAGAUUAAAAACCUUUUUCAAGAAUGUCCUGGCAAAGAAAAAAACCCCACCUUUAGUUCAGCAAGAUAGUUGGGACUUAUCCAGACAGUCUUAUCUUUUUUAGUAAAUGAGUUAAAUGCAGCUCACUUUUUCUGGUGAAUCCAGAUGUCUUUUCUCAAAACUCCUGCAUUUUCCUCACAGUCAAACAACAAUAUUUUCUCACUGGACAUUAUGGUGAGCCACACACACAAGUAUGUUAUCUCACCUUGCCCAUUGCAAUUAUAAGUAUUAUUCUAGAAGUGUCACGAGCCCUGUUAGCUACUGGCUGUAUUUUAAAGCUGGGAGAGUGCUUGUUUUUUCUUCACUAGACAAUUGCCCUAUAAUAGCUACCAACAGUUUAAAAUAUACCGUACAUUGGCACCUGCAGCUUGUGAAAUGGCAGGCUGUGUACUAGAGGUUCUCAACUUUAUUAACUUUAUCUUCUUUUAAAAAAGGAUGCUAAAACUUAAAGGCUGACAACUAGCAACUCACAUUAAACGUAUUUUAGACCAUACCCCUAUUGGCCCCAGGCAGCAGACCAUCUAGAGGGCACCAGGCUGGGGGAGUCUGCUCUAGCACUUGUAGAACAAACAUCAUGAAGCAAAAUGCGCAGGUACCAUUUCAGGAAUUGUUUGGUGGCAAAGGAGCCUCCUCCCACCUUUCACUGUUUUUAGUCAGUGAGUAAAGUCACAGCUGUGAUUGAGGAGUGCUAUGGCGAAAUUUAGAAUUGCACACAUCAAAGAUGCCAAAAUGACAUCAGAAUUUCUCCAGGCAGUGUAGAAGGAAAUUCCCGGUUCACUUUGAAACUGUGUUUUGGUCUUCCUUGAUGUAUGUAUGCGUGGCUCUAUAUUGUUCUCUUGACUCAGAAAAUGGUCAUUUUGAAGCUGACAAAAAUUCCCUGGUAGAGAAGUGACAAUUGUCUAGAAAGAGGGAAAAAGAGAAAUACAAAACUGUAAUGUUGUGGUAGCUGGCUAUAGUAUUCCACCCAAAAGCAAAAGGUAGUAGCAAAAUUUAUUCUUUCUAACACAGGUUUCAUGCCAUGCCAAAAGAUAUAUUAUUUUGUAUUUAACAUUUCAGAAUUCCAUGAGUUACACUUAGCUUUUCAUAUUUUCUGGUGAUGCAUCUAUAAGCAUUAAUGUUGUUUUAAAAAAUAUAAUGACAAUAAAUCACCAAUUAAAUUUGUCACAACUGAAUUUAAUUCAUCUAACAAAGCAUAACCAAUUAGUGGCCUUAUUUCAGUUCAUUUCUGCCCUGCCUUCCAUUGUGGCACAGAGUUUCUAUAUUGUUUUACUACAAAAGGAAAGUAGCUUAUUGCAUGAUAAUGUUCAAUGAGCAUAAGUAUUUUAAAUUUGUGUGUGUGUGUCUGUGAUAAAGAGAGAGAGAGAGAGAGAGAGGGAGGGAGGGAGGGAGGGAGAGAAAGUGACCAUAAGCUAAAUGCUGUACAAAACCAGUAGAAAUAAAUGCCCUAAUGCUGACUGAGAUUCUUAAGAAUAGUAGAAGAAAAGAAUGGCCUACAUUUUGAUUUUGAGGAUAUUUAUUACAUAUAGGUUUUGAUGGCAAGAUGUUAUACCCAAUGACUAUGUAAAAGAAUUAAAGUUAGUGGUGAUUGUGUUAGAAUGGCACAUUUUUUAUAAAUGGGUUUAUGGUUAGUGUUUGUGAAGUGAAGAACGAAUGAUGGUACAGUACAAGCCACUAGCAUUCUGCAUUCUUAUGGAGAGCUACUUAUGCUUGGCAAAAUCAGAAAUCAUUUCAGUUGUUGUUUAUAUCAAAAUUGCUGCUUACACCAUACAAAAUGAAAACAUGGUGGAUUUUACAAAAUUCAAAUGGAGAAAUAGGAGCUAUAUAUGAUAGCACCUACAGCUUUUUCACUCUCUUCCAGGUACGUAUUGUUUGCUCUGCAUCAGCGCCACUCCAAAACAUAUUUAUUCAAGAAUCCCAUGAUGGUGGAUUGGACGAAAGUAGGGUAAUGAUGGAUGAUUUGGGGUUGAGCCAGGUAAGCACUAUGAUCAUUAGAGCCUUUGUUGCAGGGGAGCAUAAUUGGUUUUGGUCUGAGUGGUGGUGCUAGGAGGGCAGUGAGCAGCAAAAGCAUUUAACCGGUCAUUCUGUAGCUUUCUGGCAGGAUCAACGUUGCACCUUUUCUUCUGUUCCAACUUAAAGCAAUGCUAUUCAUAAAUGGCAUAACCAAUCCAUUUUAGCAUAAUUCUAGAGAUACUUCUAAUCUUUUACUCAGUCUGUGUUUCUAAUAUUUUAGAAAUAUUGGGUCAUGCUGCUGCUUUAAUACAUGUUCUUCAGAUUUAGUGCAGCUACAUUUAGCUUUGUACAUUGCACUUGUAUCAUCAUCAUCCCACCUUUUUCCUGGACUGGAACUCAAAGCACCUUAUUUUACUUGAGCCACCAUGUUGGGAAUCUGUUUAUUGUCUAAUAGGUGUGUUAUAAGUGUCUCUUUCACUCCAUGUUUACAAAGGAGAGAGCUGAUAAAUACUGCUUCCCAAAACUGAUAUGCACAGGAUUUGUAAUUAACUAACUUUUACUCAGAGUAGACCCAUUGGAAUUAAUGAGCCUAAGUUGUUGUUUAGUCGUGACCGACUCUUCGUGACCUCAUGGACCAGAGCAUGUUAGUCACGGUCAUUAAGCAAUUACUCUAAUUGUUGGUUGAAUACAACCCAGAAUACAAGAAGCUGUUGCUUGCAUUUCUGCAUUAUAGAUUAUAUUUCUAUUCUUACAUUAUAUAGUUUAUGAAUACUAAUACCUGACAGAAAGCUAAAUCAGAAGUUAGAAGCCUCAAGUAAUUUUAUCUAAGGCAAAUAGUUUCCAGUGUUUAUCCAGUAAAAAUAGGUUUCCUAAUAAGUAUUGAUUUCUAAUAAUGUCUCCCUUUUAUAUCUUAUAAAGAAAUGUGGUGGUUAUAAGCAACACUUUUGAAAAGUAAUUUAAGGGUUGCAGCUUAGUCCUCUUGUUGCUGAUCUUUCAGUGUAUGCUGUUAAUGCACAGUAGACUCACGCAGUUUUCUAUCUUAAAGAGUGCCAUUCACCUUGGUGGGGAAAAGCAUAAUGUUUUCAGAAUAUGAGCCAACACACAUUUUAAAAGCCUUGUCUUAGCAUGUUAUGUACUUGAGAAAACUUGCUUUCAUUUUAGUCCUGCUGUGAGGUGAAAUUCAAAGAAAGUGAGAGGAAUGUUUUGUGAACCCAGUCUGUUAACUCCUAACUGAUAAGGAUAAAAAAAACCACAUUACUGAAUAUAUGUUAAACACAAGUGUCUCUGAAAGAUCUCUGUCAUACAAAAAUGUUGUACAAAACUGUGAUGCACAAACUGCACAAAUGGGGGGAGGUGGGAAUGGAAAGAGAUUCAUCCUCACGGUACAUUGGCCCCUGCAGGGCCAGCUGUGUUAUGGUGAUAUUUAGACCUACUGUUUUGUUGUGGCUUUACCACUGGCAAAGGAAGAUAUAGGUUAAUUGUUAUCAUAGAAUAACUGUGUGCUUUUCAGUCAGCCUCUGUAUUUGGGGUGGCGAACCAGAUGUUAUUGAACUGCAACUUACAACAUGUCCGACCAUUGGCCAUGUUGGCUGGGACUGAUGGGAGAUGGAGUCCACCAACAUCUGGAGGGCCAUUGGUUCCCUAUCCCUAUGAGGGCAUCAAACAUGCCACUGUAGACAGUAAAAAAAAAAGUUACAUGGGCAAUACCAUUUUAUUGCACAAAGACUGACACAUCAAGUCAUCCAAAUAGCCUUUAUCUGUGUAGACGAAAGGAUGUGUGCCAUUCAAUGUAAGCAGUGUGUGUGUGUUUUACUAUUAUCAACCACAGAAAACAGUUCCAGUCCCUAGUCUUGGAAUAAAUAUUUUUAAAGCCUCUCAAACUUCUGUCUAACUGGAAAAUGUUUGUGUGCAUGUAAUAAAGUGUCUGUUUUAGAGUUAGCUAGCUGAAUUGUGCCUGUGUUUCACAAACAUGUAACAUGUAAUUUCACAAACAUGUCCAGAGACCUGCAAUAUCACCAAAAAAAUAUUGCACAGAAGCACAGCCAAAAGCAGCAACUGCAAGGUGCUGCUCCCUGUAUUCUUUUUUCAAUAUUUAAGAAUAGUUUUGUUCCACAAAAGCAUGAUUGCAGAAGAAAGGGAGCUCGAUAGUUAUGAAUUGCACACAAACCUGGGGGAUGAGGUGAGUGGAGAGACUGUGAAUAUGUGGGCUCAGGCCACACUGCAAGUUUGAGAAGUCUUUCAUUUUCUGGUUUCCUUUUAAUGCUUCCUGCAUUUUUAAAAAAAUGUUCUUUGCUUCCAUCUCUCUCUAGGAUUCAGCUCAAGGACUUUCGAUGUUCACGGGAGAGGAGGAGAUUUUUGCCCUUCAGCGUACCAUCUCACGACUGACUGAAAUGCAGACUGAGCAGUACUGGAAGGAGGGGGACAGGAGCAACCAAACACAGUUGCAAAAAGACUAGCAAAACACAAAUAGUAGUUGUAAAAAAGGAGAGUUCUAACUCAAUGCUGAAUUAUUUUUAACAUGCACACUGCCCAAUUUUGCACCUUACUUCCUAAACAUCUGCCUCUUUAUGUGUUAACAAGGGACAGGUUACAUGCUGGAAUGCUGGUGGGAACAGUUUUAUGCCUGUGUGUGGAAGUCCAGCCUAACAUGAAGUCUUUCCUGACCAAGAAUCCAAAUCCAGUUUUAAUCUACAAAUUAUGUGGAAAGAAGUGGCACAUACAGUUUAUGGUCUGCAUUUGUAUAUCAUACUUGAAAAACUACAGCUUGAACAAAUGGUAGGCUCAAACCAGGCAAAUUAAAUACAUAUUAUUGGACCCGCCUAUCUCUAGUAUUUUGGUUAUAGAUAACUGCACCUUCAGUACUCUUGAAUUUUUUUUUAAUGAUUCUGGGCAGCAACUGAAAAAAAUCAGUUUCUCAUUUUACUAAGUACAAAAUCACAUAAUUGCAUUUAGGUAGCUCUGCCAUUCUAAAUACAUUUCUUAUUUCUGCUUGCCUACUGCCACGGUAGACCCAUUUAUUGUUAUUCCAUUGCCUGUAUGUGUGACCCCCGUCUCAAAUUCUUCUGAUAGGGAGGGUGCAAAGAGAAAAUAAAAGUGGAAUUUCAGAACCAAGAGUAAAAAAUGCCAUUAAGUGGAUAAAUAUCGUAGCAAAAAUGAACUCACUGUGUCUUCUAUAGGCAGACCAGAUAGGACAAUCUUACAAGAUUUGAAGUGAACUUUGUACUGGUAGUGAAAUGAACUUUAUAUUGGAAUUUGACUAAGUUGUCCUCCUUCCCGCCUGAUGCUGAGGAUCUUUUCAAGCAGCUAUGCACAAGACAGUAAGUACAAAUCUACACACACUCAUAUACCCGCCACCACAAUGCAUUGAUCCUUCUACACCAGAUAGUCACCAUUGCCACAUGUAACAUUGGUGGAUCAUGCUCUUUUACUGAACAGCACAGGAGAAAGCAAUGCAAACACAGAAACAUCUCUUAGCAGUUCAACCACCCAUCAGUCAUGAUAUUGCUUUACUAAUAAGACCACCCACAUUGUUCAUUUAGGGAAGGUACCAGUCAAUGAAUGGUGUUGGUAGCAUAACUCUUGGAUACCCAGUGUACACCACAAACAAUGCACAGUCUGGCAUCCUCAAAGGCACACAUCCCAGUGCAGACCACCAUGGUGCAGUAAGCAGGAGCACCAAAACUGGCUUAUGAAUAUAAAGGUAGAAUAGGUAUAUAAACUCAUAAACCUACUAAACAAUGAGCAGGAGGUCAACACUGAUAGUUAUGGCUAUUUACUCCAGGGCUAGUUAAAGACAAUGUCUUGCAGUGGACAAAUGCAGACAACCAGCAAGCAGCCACCAUUUUGUGAGUUAAAUAGGGCCAUACAUAGAAAGAGAAACCAACAUUCCUUCCAUAAUAAUUGCCCAUGGGCUACUUGAGAAAUCAAAUCCACUAGGAAAAAAUACUUCCAGACAGGCAAUACAAACAGUAUAACCACUUUUGUUUGAAGGACACAAGCUGUUUUCAAGGUAGAAAGCUGUAUGACAAGGAAAAGGAGAAAAGGGAUUAUAUUGUGGGUGCUCUGCUAGCAAGAAUGACAUCAGCCGCAAAAAGCGGCGGGGGGGGGGACUGAACUAGAAACCAUCCUUCCCACCCCAUAGACCUGUUUUCUAUCCUCACAGCCACAGGAACAGAAAGACGUACGAUGAGGUCUUUGUCAUCUUCCAGAGGCAAAGGUCACAAUAACUCCAGCCAUAUUGACCAAGAUUGACGAAGUUUUAUGUGGACCCAUAAACACACAUUGUGUCAGUCCUGAUCCCAAAGGCAGCUGAGCUAAGUUACAAUACUUUUACUAAACUUCAUAGGUGGAAGAUAGUUCUGAUAGCUUUGUGAACACAAAGGACUGUGCAUUUGAUGGUGAGAAAUAAGUACAUUUCCCCCUAUUGUUUCCCCUCCAUGCUGGGUACAGCUGUAUCUGCUGUAGCAACUGUCUGCCAGGCACGCUUAAGAAAAAGUUACCAAUUCCACAUUGCAGUAGCUUGAUUCCCACGGAUCACUGCUGGAUUUGUUGUAGGCCGCCUCUUAGGCAAUGGGGAAUAACCUUGUUUCUUCACCUCUUGGAAGGUUUUCUGUAGAGAGCCAAGUGAGACACAGGGACAGCAAUGAGUAAUAGUUAGCAACUUCAUCAGUGUAUGUAGGCAACCAAACCAAACUGGAAUAUUUAUUUUACUUCUUGAAAAUUGUAUACUACAAAUACCUGCGGAAGCCCUUCCAAGAUGCCGAAGGACAACGUGUAAGAAAUAAUUGAAUGUGGAAGAUUAUUGCCAUAAUUGUAAAAUCCAUUUUAUGUGUACAAGCCUUGUGGUACACAAAGUAUAAAUAAAAAUGUCAAUUAUAUUUAAAGCCUACUACCAGCAUCUAGUUGCAAUAUCAUAAUAUUUCAAGGGAAAGGGUGUGGCAAUUUAAUAUACUCCUCCUCCUCCUUUUCCCCCAUUAACCUCUAUUCCGUGAACCCUCUGGAGCAGAUUUUGAGGAUGUGCUGUAAGGUGGAGAAGAGUUCCACUGUGCAGGUGGAAGUCUGCUGAAUUUGUGGAAUAGCAACAUUGGAUACAGCCCUAAGAAGUAAGCCCCACUGAAUUUGCUUGCAUUCAGCUGAAUACAAAUGCACAGGACUGAAAUGUUAGCUAUGAUUUUGCCACAGAAGGCGACAACUAUGCUGUCGUAUUAUGGAUAUGUGUGCAUAUGCAAACCACCCAAAAGACUCAACCCCAAGUAAAGAGUGAGCCCAUAAAGAUCAUCCAUAUUAAAAAUUGUCCAGGGGUUAUUAUUAAACAUCAGGUAUUAUUUCAAUUUAUCAAUGUUUCCAUUAGAAAAGACUGGUGGUAACUUCCAUUCCAAUAUACUAAAAAUAGAUGACAGCCUCUUGUUCUCACAGUAGAUACCUACGGGAAACCCACAACCAAGGCCUGAGCCCAACAGCACUCUCCCUGCUUGUAAUUCCCAGCAAGUGGUAUUCAGAGGCAUACUUGAAAUAGCACAUCCUGGCUAGGAGCCAUUUAUAACUUUAUCUUCCAUGAACCUGUCUAAUCCCCCUUUAAAGUCUAUCCAAGAUGGUAUGUCCUUAGCCACUGGUCAUGCUUGCUGAUGGGACUGAUGGGAGUUGUAGUUCAGCCACAUCCAGAGAUCAAAGGUUCCCCACACCUCCAUGGGAAAAGGGGGAAAAUAAAUCUGUCUACAUUAUAGCAUUAAGUCCUUUGGAUGAUAUCCAAGCCUUUGCUUCCUACAAUGUUUUCGAAAAUCCUAGCAAUGAACGUAACACUCUUGAGAGAAGGAAAUGUGCAUCUGUCAACCAUCAGUGGGUAGUUGAUGGACUAUGCUGAAAUGGCAAAAUUAACUGGGAAGCUCAGGAAUCAAGAAGACAAGAACUUUAAAAAAGAAUGAGAAAAGUUUAUAAUUUAUAUACAAGAUCACUGUAACAGGUUAAAACAUUGGCAGGAUUUUAAACACGCUUGUAGUGUAACAGAAUGUAUGAAUAAUUUAGAAAGAUAAAAAUUGGGAAAGUAUUGAUAUGCAGUGGAGAAUAGGAUCAAUAGGACCCAUGGAAGGGAUGGGGACAAGUCAGGGGAUUCAGAGUAAUCUCGAUAUUCGGAUUCUGAAUUGGUUUUGUUGUAUGUUUAUAUUUUUGAAAAUUAAAAAAAAAUUAAAAGAAAUUGUGCAUCUGUAGGUGCAGCUCAGUUUUCUACAAUAUUGUUGGUAGCCCAACAAAUGAAAAGAUUUUGCUAGAAAAAUAAUUGGGGAAAAGAGAAUAAAUCAGUAACCAUGCUCUCCUCCACCCCAGAAAACAGAAACUGACACUGAGAAAAUUUAAAGAUGCUUUUUGUCACUAAUCUCCCAGUCAUGAUAAACAAAAAGUUAUGAAAUGGGCAGGACCUGCAAACAGGAAAUAUUUAAUAAAGGUUCAAGAGAACUGAAAACAAGUUAUUUGUUUGUCUACACUGAGUUUUAUUGCCCUGCAAGUGUAUUUUAUUGCCCUGAAAAACAUUUUUUUAAAAAAAUAAUAUUUAUUCAUAAUUUCAGAAUUACAGAAGAAAAUAAAAAUAAAAAACAACACUACAAUACAUAAAAAGAAGAAAAAACACAAAACAUAAAAACCAGUACAACAAUACAGCAAGAAAGAAGAUAAAAAAGGGGGAAAAAACACAAAUCCCAUGUUACAUAUCUUUAACUUCCGUUUGCUUGUUUCAUUGACCUCCUCACACCUCCCUUUUUGUAUUCUAGUUUAGUUAGUUAUUUCAGCAAAUUCUUUCCAUCUUUCUCAAUUUUUGUUAAAUAAUUUAUCUUAACAAUUUAACCUGUUAAUUAACUCGACAGAUCCUUUCCAUCUUUCCCCAUAUUCUGUUAUUCAAAUUACCUUAAUUUAUUUAACCUUAUCUUACCAUAAAAUACCUUAAAGCUUAAAACUUAAUACUCAGUUAUACAUAACUCCUGAUAUCAUUUCUGCUAGAGUCAUAUAGUUUCAUUCCAACAUUUUCCCUAAUAUUCAUUAAUUUUAGGCUAAUUCUCUAAAUAAGAAUAUUUUCUUUAUAAAUUUUCUUCCAAUCUUCAUCCAAUGUCUCUUCUUCCUGGUCUCGGGUUGUGUCAGUCCUUACUGUCCAUUCCAUCUAGUCCAUCAACCUGGAAGUCUUAUGUCCGAGGCCCUUAAGUCUCUUCCAUGUCCCUUCUGCAGAUCUUCUUCUUCUUGUUUAUGCUUGCACUUUUCCUUGUCUUUUGUUGGUCUCUUUCUUAAUUUCUUUCCUUUCUCAUUGAGGAGUAGGUCUCUGGGGGGUUCCAACCCAAAGUUAUCUCCGUCUCCCUUCAUCAAACCAGCCCAUUCCCCACAGUCCCACUCCCCACAGUCAUCAAUAUAAUCCAAAAAAUAUUUACGAGCAUCUUUCGAAGUCUCUCCAAAGUUAAAAACCUCCUCAGCUCCAGACUCCCCCUGGCCUACUCCAACUUCAAUCUUCAAAAUCAGCGGCUUAUGCUCCUGUAGGGCCUUAGUCCUCUCCAUUUGUAUUAUUUGAGGUGCAACCGCAGCCUCCUUCAUUAUCUUCUGCACUUGCCCAAUCAAUACAGGUUCCUGAGUUGGAUCCUGGAUGGUUUCUGUAUCACUAUUCACUAUUUGUCCACAGUUAUUGGCCACAACAGUCAUCAAAUCCAUUUUCUCAUUCAUCAAAUCCAUCUUCUCAUGCAUCUGUUCCAACUAACCACUUGUCUUGCAUAGAGCAAGCACCAAAACUUCUUUCCAGCUCAUAUUUAGUCAAGGUCAAAAGGACUAAUCCCACGAUCUUAAUCUCACAGCUGUGGAAUCCUCAAGUAGACUGCAGCAACAAUUUAGCAGGCUCCCUCUAGGGGAGACAAUUUCUAUUUGUAUCCAUCUUUUUAAGGCAAGUCCAACAAAGGAAAAUUACUUUCAUUUUUCAGAUAUUUUGUUUCUUUAGAAUGCAAAGGGCAACAUUGGAAUCAGUUUAUUUCUCUUCUUCAGCUAUCUGUCAAAGUAUUCCAUUCACAGUCAAUGAACCUCUCCAGCAAUUUCUGUCUCUGACACCCCGUUCCCAGGUUAGAGAUGGUGGAAACUUAUCUUUCUUCACUCCUCUCCUGCAGGCGUUACACAAAGUCCCCCCUUUUCUCCUGCUUCCAAGGGGGUUUCAGUAGUUAUAAAUGAAGGAAAUUUAGGCUUUUUUAACGACUUUCCAGGCUUUAGUUUACAAGGUUUUUGCUUUAGUCUAUGUACAAAAAGCGGAAGGCGGACUUCCUGUUUUGAACCUUCCCGCUUCGAUGUCAAAUUAAGAUAUUUCUUGAUCCAAUUUUCCGUUUCUACUCGCGGGUACUUGUUUUAGAUCCAAUUGUCCACAGGAAAAAGUCAGCGCUCUCCGGCGAUGGCUAUGCGGCUUCACUCCGUGAAAGUAGCAGUCAGUUCGCAGCGCCGCGCUGCUCACCCCACUUCACUCCGGAAUCCCAAAAAGGGGUUCCCCGUGAGUAGGGGGGGCGCUCCUGGUGCCCUGCCGAACCCCACGUUCCCAGGCUUCCUCCGCCUGGGAUUUCUAGCGGGUCCCCACCUUCACCGCGGUGGGAAGACCCAGUUUCCACGGAGCCAGUUCCUCCGGUCGGAGGAACUCCGCCAUUCGCUGAUGGCGCUAACCCAGAAGUGCCUGAAAAACAUUUUUUUAAAAAGAAGGUGCAGCCUGUAAAAAAAGAGUGAACAAUGGAUGGCAAUUCCAGGAAAAAGUGGUGGUGUGGAAACAAUCAUCUUCAGGUCAAAAGAACUUCAGAAAUUUGAAUUCUUUGAUACCAGAAUAGAUUAUGCCAUCUUCAUUCUGUUAUAUUCCAGCCACAACCUGUUUUGUAACUCAGGUACAUGCCAAUCAUAUUUAUUUAUGAUAACAAAAAAUAACUGCAGUUAUAGUUGUGUGAUACAGGGCACUGGGAUAACACAUUCCCCUCAGUUAAAGUUGCAUCUCAAUAUAAUGUUCUGAAAUUGAUAUUGUUACUUGUAGCUGAAAGCUGUGAAUUUGCUGUCUGUUCCUGAAUGCAGUUUUAAGGAAACACCAGAAGAACAGACUCCAUAUGUCAGCAUCUAGCACCACCAAGUGUUCAACUCAGUUUGUCUGCAGCAGAGCUCAAGAAAACACAUGUCCUUUUCUCUGUGCACCAUCGCAAGGUACAAUCUGUGAUGCUAGAAGCCUCCCAUUGCUUUUAAAUAGGCCCACCCAAGAGCAUCUUGGAGGACAGUACUCUGUUUGAAGAGCUGCCGUGUGACCAGGAAUUUGCCCAUCAACAGCUCACACCAAGACACCAAACUCUGCAAGCACAUGAGUCACUAUGUACGGUAAGUUCUCCUCACCAUGUUGAGAUGUAUCAGAAAUAGCUAUUACAGUGGUACCUCGAGUUAAGAACUUAACUCAUUCUGGAGGUCCGUUCUUAACCUGAAACUGUUCUUAACCUGAAGCACCACUUUAGCUAAUCGGGCCUCCUGCUGCCUCUGCGCGAUUUCUGUUCUCAUCCUGAGGUAAAGUUCUUAACCCGCGGUACUAUUUCUGGGUUAGCAGAGUCUGUAGCCUGAAGCGUCUGUAACCCGAGGUACCACUGUAUUUCUAAACUUGUGUCUGAAUGUAGGCAAAUUUGUAUUCCCCUCUGUCCUCUUUUUUGUACUUUUAAUGCUUUCUCACUUUUUAUAUUAACACAUAGUAGCCACAGUUAGCCUUCCUUAGCCCUCAGUAUUAUUUUUCUGAGGUGCACACAUUUUAGGAGAAUGGCGACGUUCCUUUCAUCAGGCUUUUGAAGGUGACAAAGCAUAAUCUGCCUGACAUUAGUUCGUAGGGGAUCCUCUGCUAUAUUCUUUUUUUUAUUUUAUUUUUUUUCUUUUUUAUUGAUGUUUCCAUCAGUUUUAUAACAUACAUUGAUGUGUCUCAGUGAGCAAGAGUCAACUAAGUUGCUGCAGGUGCAGAAUGAGUUCUGCACAGUGAGACUCUCCCCUCCACAUGCCCCGUGUCCCCCCUAAAUCUGCUCUGGGGGGGUUGAGGGGAAACAUAGAACAGGUUUAGGAGAUGAACAGGAAGAGGAGAGGGUGGGCCUCACUCCCUGUGUGCUUACCCCACUUAGCAUGAUGUUGAAUUCCACCUAUUAAGUUCUGCAUCACCCUGUAACCGUACAGUUAAGGGUAACAAAGUAAUACCUAAAUAAAUAAAAUUAUUGGCCCAGCUCUGUUUAUUGUUCGUCAGGGAUCAGCCACUGCCAACUUUCCCACUCUUGUGCUGUCUGAAAGAAAAAAAAGAUUUUCAAAAAUUCUUAAAUGGGUUAGAACCAAAAUGCUAUGUUCUAGAACUGUAAUUGUCAUUGAAAAUGUCGUUGUCAUUAAAAUCCUCAAACAAUGAAGGAAGGGGGGUUGCACAUCAAUGCUUGUCUUAGGAAUUCUGGGAACAACCCUGGCUCCAGGUUCAGGUUCCUGGUAUACAUGGUAUAGCAUGGCUGCCCAAAUUUAUUCAUGGUGUUGAUUUAUCACUCUGGUGUGGAUAAGGCUGCCAAUGGCUGCAAGUCAGGGUGGCCAUAUACUACCACCAAGAUCAGAGGUGCCAUGCCUCUGAAUCCCAGGUACUGGGGAACAGCAGUAGGAGAGAGGAGACCUCACUCUCAUGUCCUGCUUGUGGGUUUCCCAAGGCAUCUGAUUGGUCACGGUGGGAAACAGAAUGCUGGAUUCGGCUCUUAGUCAGAUCCAGCAAGACACUUCGUACACUCUUAAAAGAUUGUUCUUUUAUUGUUUUUAGAAAGGUGGUCACCAGUUGAUCAUAAAACAACAAUUUGUUUAUUAUUCCCUGGAACUCAAGGCAGCAUACUCAGACCCUCUAAGUGUCCCUAUUUUCCAGGGAGAGCCCCAGAUUUAUGGAAGCUGUCCCGGUUUCUGAUGUGAUCCCAGAAAGUCCCACUUUUCCUUAGGAUUUUCAUCGGAGAAAUGUUGGAGAGUAUGGAGUUAUGCGACCCCUGAGCCAUCUGAAGGCAGCCCUAUAUAGGGAAGCUUUUAAUGUUUAAUGUUUUAUAAUGUUUUUAUAUAUGUUGGAAGGCACCCAGAGUGGCUGGGGCAUGCAUAGUAUAAUAAUAAUAAUAAUAAUAAUAAUAAUAAUAAUAAUAAUAAUAAUAAUGGUGGUGGCAUGGGACAUCCCUAUUUUCAUCAGAGAAAUGUUGGAGGGUAUGCAUACUUUUGAGUUUCCAAGUGGUCCUCCGCUGGCACUGAGAGGACUUAGAUCUGCCUGGCUUCAGCAAGAUUGCUGCAGUCAGCCUUCAGGCCACACCCUGGGACCAUUAUGGACAAAUAUAUUCCACGCAUGUAUGACUUAAUUAAUUAAUCUAUUUGUCUGGAGAACUGCAAGAUUAUGGUUGUGAAAAUUCUACAUUUGCUUGCUGGACGUUCAAGACCUAGAAUUUGACUGCAAGUUUGAAUGCAGCCACAAGAUGGCAGAAUAUAAUCACUGUUAUUCAGGAACAAGUGCUUCUGAGUUCACUCUAUGAGAGGGUUGGUUGUAUCUUCAUUUCACUGUGAUGUUUAAGGGACCGCAUGUCUAACGGGCUCAGAUACUCUCAAAAAUAAUCAUAGCGUAUCUUUUAUGUUAAGAAUCUACCAGUGUCAAUGCAGGAGCCUUGUUGGGUAAGACACCACAGUUGAUGGGGUAGCUUUUACAAGAAUUCCCCUGAGGACUGAAUACAUUGGGGGUCCAUAAGAACUCGUGCUAAAUAAAUGUGGAAUAAACAGGAUGUCUGGAGGAGCUCUUAGAUCCCCUGGGGUCCAUCCCCCUCCCCAUACACACACACCUUUGUCACUGUCAGAUUUUAGGUGUCUCUAACAUUUUACUCCUGCCACAGGGCUUUUGUGCACAAGGCAGCUCUCACUGGGAAGAGUUUCUCCCCUCUUUUUAAAUCAGCAUCAGCAGACACACCCAAUUCCUGGGGAGGGUCCUAGCAUGCCAAAACCUCUGUUGCAUCUUUGGGUGGUUCUGUUCUACUGCUCUGCUUACUAGCAUGGAUGGAACUACAAAGUCUUUGGAAGUUCAAAAUCCACAGCCCUGAACACCAUGGCAGAUUCUAUAAUAUCCAGUCUACUUGAACUUGAUUUUUCAUGGCAUGGUGAGCCCUUCUUAAUAACAGCAACACUAGUUGAUUGCAUAAAGCUGGUGUCAGAAAGCCAAGCCUUGGGCUUCACAUACUCAUUAUAUUUCCCAUUCAAUUAUUGUUUUGGUUGUUAGCACUUGAAGCAAAGACGAAAGGUGGGGUAUAAAUCCCUAAAACGAACGAACGAAUAAAAGUGACACAUUUCCAAUAAAUCAAUUGGUUGAUGACCCUUUCAUUCAGGCUGCAGACACUUGCUGGGGAAUUAGCCUCCUUGGAGAAGUAAGUGGGGCUUACUUCUGAGUAAAUAUGCAUGGGAUUGUGCAGAUAGUUUAAAAAUAGUGCAAAAGAGAACAAAUGGGAACCCUUCAAGCAGCUGCAGCCAAGAUACUAGCUGUACAGUGUAUCUUUGUACGAUGUUACACAUCAUGCUUAGAUACCACUCUGCAUUUUAGAAUCUGGGAGAUAUUUUAUUGCAGUAAUAACUAUUGAAGAAGAGGAGGAGGAGGAGGAGAAAGAGGAGGAGGAAUUAAUUAGCCACAAUGUUAAAAUAGGACCACUCAAUGCCAGUCAUCUACUGAGUGUACACAUUGAGUGUCAGGAUGCCCACUGGCAUGAAACCACCAAAUUUGAUAAAAUGAGGAGGUAAAACCAUGGGGCAGGGGGUCUCCAUGAAUUGUGCCCUGUCCAAGGGCCUCCAAAACUGAGACUUGGCACCUACGCAGUGGCUUUCUAUGGUGGACAAGCAAGAUUCAGAGCUUAGGUAAGAGCUUAGGAAGCUGCCAAACUGAAUCAGACCCCUAGCUGGUCCACCUAGUUCUGUAUUGCCUAAAUUGACUCUCCAGGGUUUCAGACAGGAGUCUCUCCCAACCCUACCAGGAGAUGCCAGGGAUUGAACCUGGGAUGUUAUGCCUGCCAAGCAGAUGCUCUGAGCCACAACAAUUCCCAGCCUUACACUCGCCCCAGCUCAACAUCAGAAGAUCAAAUCCUGAACAGGCUAGCCAAUGUGGUGCCUUCCAGCCAGCAUGCCAAUGGUCAGGGUUGCUGUAGCCCACAGCAUCUGGAGGGCACCAUGUUGUCUGCCCCUGCUUUGACUCUUUCUGGUGUCCCCUGGCCAGCCCUGUUCUGUGUCCUCUUAUCUGCUUCACAGCUUCCUCCCAUCCCCUUUCUGGAGGGCUGCUUCCAUCUAGUGGGUCAUUUAGAGGCUCUGCAUCUAAGCAGCAAAGCAAGCGCUGGCUGAGUUCAGAGUUACCUUUAUCAGCCAAAGAAAUGUCAAGCAGCAGCAGGAUCUUUGCCAAAGGUCUACGAGGGAACAAGGUUAGGGUAGCACUUAGAGUACUUUUCAAAGAAGACACAAUAACCACACAGACAUCAGCCAUGUCACUGUUUUCCACUCUGUGUCCUCGGGCAACUUAGUGGAGAAAUUAGAAGAGAGGCUUUGGGGCUAUCCUUCCAAAGCAUCCCUGACAUAGGAUCUAAAAUUCACUAUCCACAUAGGGUACUGGCACUGUGGUCUAAACCACUAAGCCACUUGGGCAGGCACCCCCAAACUCGGCCCUCCAGAUGUUUUGGGACUACAACUCCCAUCAUCCCUAGCUAACAGGACCAGUGGUCAGGGGGUGUUUGGGGGUUGCUGCUCUUGGGUCUGCUGAUCAGAAGGUCAGCAGGUCGAAUCUGCAUGAUGGGGUGAGCACCCAUUGCUUUGUCCCAGCUUCUGCCAACCUAGCAGUUCGAAAGCACACCAGCACAAGUAGAUAAAUAGUAGAUAAAUAGGUACCGCUGUGGCGGGAAUGUAAACGGCGUUUCCAUGCGCUCUAGCAUUCAUCAUGGUACUCUGUGCACCAGUAGCGGUUUAGUCAUGCUGGCCAAUGACCCGGAAAGUUGUCUGUGGACAAACGUCGGCUCCCUCGGCCUGAAGCGAGAUGAGUGCCAUACCCCAAAGUCGCCUUUGACUGGACUUAACUGUCCAGGGGUUCUUUACCUUUAACCUACUUUGCUAAUAUAAGAGAGGGGUGAAAACAGAUAAGGGCCAGGAAAGACAUAAACAGUGGCCCGUAGCACAAAUCAUGUACAAAAACAGCCACACAAGAGAUGCCAGCACCAGAAAAGUCUGGCAAGAGGAUGCUUGUUCAUACAAGCUGUGAGACUGAGGUCAGGAGGGUUUGUAUAACAUGUGGGUAAGUGUUCACAUUUUAAUCUAGCCUAGAGUGAAUGAAAAGAGAAAUAUCAAGAAGUAGCCAGGAUGAGGGUGGAGUCCACGCCCGUCUUUGUAUAAGUGUUCUUGAUAAGCAAAAAGGUUGCAUGACAAAAAUAGUGGCGGGGGGAUUAAAGGGUUGGUGUGAUUUAAGGGCUGCUUAACUAUGCCAGAGUUACCAACUUUCUAAAGCAGACAUGGCUCCUGUGUGGUUAACUGCAGUUGAUCUACAGACAUUAGCAGGCUGUGAUGCUUAUCUCCAUGUCAUGGAAAGCUACAGGCUGGUUUCUGAAGAUCCAGUUGUUGUCAUAGGCACAGGAGCAGCCCAAGCACUUCUUUUAUAGUCAAUCAGCAACCCUAGGAAGCUGCCAUUUUGGAGGAGGAGAAGCAACAAAUAAGAUGGGAGUGCUUACCAUAGCUGUCAACUUUUCCCUUUUCUUGCGAGGAAUCCUAUUCGGAAUAAGAGAAUUUCCCUUAAAAAAGGGGGAAAGUUGGCAGCUAUGGUGCUUACCCCUUUCCCUGCCCUAAAUUACCCUACCACAACUCCCAGAGCAACCAAAAUGGAGGCGGGAAAGUGGUUCAGGGAACAUUUGGGGCAAGAAAAUGGGUGGGGAAAGGGUUAAGAACCACCUCCUAACACAAAACUACUCAACUCCUGAUAGGCCCGUCUGGAAGUGACCAUUUCUUCUUCUAAAGUGUUUUCAAUGUGUUUGUCCAUAAUAUGUAGCCCUACCCACUGUAGAGGGGAGAUAAAAGCGCUGAAGAGCGUUAGGUGUAUCUGCCCCUAAUGUCUGUUCUUAGCAAGAUAUCAGUCCAUUAAUCUGCUCUCAGCCCAUGGCUUUCUAUGCUUCUAUCAUAGAAAGGAAUAGGCACAACAAUAUUAUGAGGGCAUUUGAAACCAUGGAUUCCUUUAAAAAAAAAAAAAGCCAGGUUCUCAGGGUAACUGGAUUAUAGCAAUAAAGAAACACAAAGCACAGAUCUGGAAGGAAGCUGGCUUGGUGCUCAUCCAAAUGUUAAAUGACAGAGGAUAAUCUUUUCUCUCUCGUUCUAAUGGCCAUUUUGCUUGGCUAUCAUGGAAGCAUGGGAGCGUGCCCCUGAUGGCUCUGAUCCUUUUAUCUGGCCUAACAAAGUUAUACAACAGGUCAUGACCUAGGCAAUAUGAUUGAGUGAAAACCAGUUCCUCUAAAUUGUAUGCUUAGAAAAAGAAUGCUCCCAAUUCCUUGUAUCUCUGUAAAAAUAUAUAUAAUCUGCACUAAAAGGCUGAUCAGAAGGCUGAUUCCCCCCCCCCCCGGCUUUUCUGCACUGGUUUAGCUCCCCCAGCCUUUCUGUACUGGUUUAUAGAAAUUUGCUGCAAAAAUCCCCAGAAAAGUUUGGAACAAUAUUCCUAUUAAAUAUUAUAACUUGGUCCAUGCCUCUGUUGACAUUUAAUACUGCAAUCCUAUGCAUGUUUACUUGGAAGAAAGUCCCAGUGCAUUUAAUCACGCUUGCACCCAGGAAAGUAAGUAAUAAUGAUUGCAGCCCAGGAAUAAGUUCCAAUGACUAUAGUAGAGGUGUGUAUACAAUGCCAUCUUAAAACAUAGCUGGGUUGUUCCAAUUUUCAAUUCAGAUCAAAGCUGGUUUGGGACAAAAUACAGUAUUUCAUAAGAAAUGACAGGAUAGAUACAGGAUACAUAUGGAUUGUGGCUAACAUGGUGUGGGCACCACUUUCCAACCCAGUGGGGGGAGCAUAGUAGAUGCAAAAUACAGUGGUACCUCGGGUUAAGAACUUUAUUCGUUCCGGAGCGGAGGUCCAUUCUUAACCUGAAACUGUUCUUAACCUGAAGCACCACUUUACCUAAUGGGGCCUCCUGCUACCGCUGCACCGCCACUGCACAAUUUCUGUUCUCAUCCUGAAGCAAAUUUCUUAACCCAAGGUACUAUUUCUGGGUUAGCGGAGUCUGUAACCUGAAGCGUCUGUAACCCGAAGUACCACUGUAAACAGAAGAGUGUACAGACUCAUUGGGCUGAGUUCCUGUGACAUCUUGUGCACACAUCUUAAGCCUUCAGGAGCUGGUGUACGCCUUGCCCAGCAAAACAAGACAGAGAGCUUAAAAGCUCCUUCUAUGCCGGGAAAACCCAGCAAGGCCUACUGAGCACACUGGCUCCGGAAGGCAGGAGAUGCUCAGGUAGGGGUGGUUCCAAGGGGGUGGUUUGAGUACAUGCAUUUUUGUGUAUACACAGAACCCUUGGAACUGAAUCCAACAUGUAAGAUGUGGCCAUACUGUACUUUUAUAGUUGUGUGUUGAGACAGGAAGUGAAUUUUUAUUUUAUUUUUUAGGAAGAGGAGGGCAGGCAAUAUGAGGAGGGCAGGCAAUACUAAGUACACAUCAGCAGUGUGAGUUAAUAAAGUUGUGUGGUCAAAUUUUGAAGGUUAAAUCUUCCAUGAGAUUCUCAGUUUUUUCAGAUGAAAACAGCAAGUAUUUCUGGCACAGAACAACUAUCUCUAGUGGUCCAAAACCUGGUUUGGGAAGACUAAACGUAACAGCCAUGAUGAGGUGUGGGCUCACGUCAUUAAGCGCUUUACAGGUCAAAACACCUUGUGCCUAGAAACUAAUGGGAAGCCACAGAUGUUGGAGCACAUGUGUAAUGUUCUCUGGGUGAUUACCUAUCAAGGGAUUGGUACCACAUUCUGAACAAACUGAAGCUUCCAGACCAUAACCAAAGGUAGCACCAUGCUAAUAACAUUAUAGUAGUCUAGCCUUGAAAUUACAAGAGCAUGAAUAAUGGAUUAUGGGUUCUGAUGAGACAGAAAGGAUUGGAAUUUUCUUAUAAGAUGGCUGUUCAUGGAAGAUAUACUAGAAAUGGCACACUAGAAUGGCAAAAAAGAAAUGAAAUAGUUACCAGGCAAUUUUUAUUUUUAAAAGGGCAGUAAGUGUACAUUAAAAUCAAACUAAUCCUAUGUCACAUUCCUGAUCAUGAUACCAGAGAAUGAAAAUCAUUUGACUUCCCUAAAAUAAGAAAGGAAUAAGCUCUCAUUUUUAGCCUUCAUUUUGGAAUUGCAGCACCCAUGCUAGCAGAAGCUGCCAGUUAUGGAUAGACAAAAAUGCACAGGUCUGCAGGGGGGAAAGUUCCUCUCAGUGCUCCAUUCCCUGAACAGCUGAGACAGCAAAGUCCUGACAUGUUGAAGGGCAACCUAGCCUUCUUUGGACAAGAAGAAUAUUUGUUUUAAUAUUUUGGUUAAAAGAAAGAAUACUAGAUAUGGUAAAAAUAAAAGGAGAAUUAUUUGUAUGCCUAAAUCCAGGCUUUGGUGAGAGAACCCCAGCAGAGAUUUAAAAUCACACAAAAAAUGCAGCAAAGCAUGGAAAUAUAGGUGGUUAGACCUUUAAAAUUCUGAUUUUCUUCCAGAGCACCUCACCUCCCUUUGCAUGGAAAGAGACCACAUGGCUGUUAAGUUAAAAAUGGUUUACUUACAAGCUCUUCAGAGGUAAGAUUCAUGGGCUUUUCUAUACAGCAGCAAGAAAAGACAAAAUUUAGUUUCAAAAAGUAGUAAAUGUUUCUAAAUUAUUUGUACAGGAACACAAAGAUGGCUUUCUUAAGCCACAUGGUCUAAGCUUGGAGCAUCCAGCUUAGGCAUCCCAACUGGUAGGGUUCACAUGGUAGAAAGGAAGAGAGAACAAGGGUGAUGGGUAAAUGACCUAGCUAGGCCUGGAAGUAUGGCUUACUCUAUGGUCUUAACCACUUCAUGCGUUAAUUAGACUUAAUUUUGUUGGUUAUAUGAGGCUGGAUAUAUCCCACAACUUCAACAUGCAAUUG